CCCUCCCUGGAGGUCAAAAACAGGGAUAGAGAAUAAAGAAAGGCGUAAUAACAAGUGACUAAACUAGUGACUGAGAGACGUGUAAGAGCACCUAGGCGCUAGUCAAACUUUUGAAUAUCUGUCGCAUGAGCGGACCAGCUUUCAGCUUCUAGGGGUAUGUAGCCUGUCUCUCUGCCAAAUAAUAUACGCAAAGUCAGUGUUUUGAUUCAGUAACAUAAUAGAGAGAAGGCUGGAGGUAUGUAAAGACAAAUGUAUGUUUAGUUUUUCAUAUUUCUCAUAUCAGAGAGGACUUGUAUGUAUGUUGUUAGUAGUAAUAUAUGCUGUUGUGUGAAGAUAAUGUGCUAUGAGGAAAAAGCAUGUUCUAUUGAAUGAGUAAGAAUUGAAAGUAUUGAAUGAAUAUGUUCACAAAAUGAUCUGCAUGUGUGAAUGUAUUUGUCAGGGCAUUAAAAUGGGUUAUGAGAAUUCUGUCAUGAAUAGGGUCUUAUAUAUGGACUAUAAAUAACGAUAUGUACAUAUUUUUACAUUGACAUGAAAUGUGAAAAUAUACUCUCAUUUAUAAAAAUGGAAUAGUGCUCUAUAGACACUGAGAUAAUGCCUAUUGCAAAGCUUUAAAAAAAUCUCUAUAUUCAUCAUGUGAGCUGUUCAAGCCUUAAUCAAUCUCAAAUCAUAGCAGCAGUCUGUUCUUACCUCAUGUGAAAUGUAGAAUGGGGCAUCCUUAUGGUUAGAAUGUUUGGAAAUCUGAUCCGAGUGUAUUAUCAGUCAAGCUUAGAUGCUGGGUUUCCUAUCCUUGUUGUUUAAAACUGGGAAUGGUAAACUAACCUAGUCCCAGAUCUGUCUGUGAUGCUGUCUUGCCAGGCAUGACAAUGACCAUAUGAGUUGGCAAUACAGAACAAACAGGAUACUUUUUCUUUCUAAAGUUAUGAAGCACUGCCGGAGUCUACUCUCGAUCUCAGUGCCACCUCUAUAUUGACAUUAGCUGUAUGAGUCACAAUAACUAAUCCAUCAAUCACUAUCAAAUAAUUGGUGGUUAUAAAAGAUUAACAGUAGUUUAUAUUUAUUACUAUUCCUGCUCCUUCGAAAAUGACAGCUAUUGGCCAAUAGGCAGAUACAGAGCCAUAUAUUGAGAAUUAUAUGGCUCUGGGCAGAUACUGUACUUCCCAGCUCAGAUACUCAGGCUUGCUAAUGAAAGGCUUGCUAAUGUUUUGUCAAGGUUGUGCUCGCACCUCAUAGUGUGGGUGUUAGUGGGAGAGAGUAUAAUCCUUAUCAUGAAUGGCCCGAGGAAUGUUGCUUAUGUGCAGCUCUGUGUUCUUCUGUCAAAGGUGUGUAUAGGAAAGGUGUGUUGUGGAGGGUGUGUCUGUGUCUCACUCUAUGGGGGCAGAGCAAGAUGGACAGGUUUGCGGGCUUAACUGGUGAGUCAGGGGUGAGAGAGCACUGGCAGUUGGCACUGUUGCUAUAACAACAUAGUGUGGGCAAGGGUGGUUGUCUAAAGAGCAAAUUCUUCUUAUGUCGGCAUACUACAGUACAGACAGAUAGUUUGGCCUGUCGUGUGUGAGUAUUGUGUAGUGGGGCUGGGUCAUGUUACAGCAAAAUGAACCAUUUCCAUUGUCUCUGGGUCAUUCUUGAACUGGGGUGGCAUUUGCAUCCAUUUGCAACCCAUUUAUGAAAAUCCUCAGUUAGCAAAAAGUUGAAAAAAUUACCCUGAUCUUGGUUUCCGUUUCCGGUGGCAUGCAUUGAAACGUGGCUUUCUCAUGGCCUUCUUUUGCAAAAUAAUUCUGAAUUAACAGACUUAUUUUAAAAUAAUUAUCAACAUAUAACACUAUAUUAAGGUGUGUGACAUUCACUGUAUUACAAGGAACAACUAGCAGGUCUAUUUCGCUCCAGCAGCUAGCAUAAUCUGUCCAUUCACAAUUCACCUGUGGUAAGAUGGCAGCUCUCAACAUGCGACAACAGAAAGAGUUGGCCACUACUAUUCGAGAGAUUGCUAUUACUCUUUCCAAAGUGAAGACAGAACUUAAUUUAUUGAUAAGACAAUUACAUGGUAAUCGAGCUAUGCAGUAAUGAUCAAUUAGUUGAUAUAGAAACUAUUGAAUCUCAAACCGGGGAAUUACUAUCAGAAUUACUAUCAUUUUUUAAAUUAUUUGAGCAGCAUAUUGUUAGAAAUAACUGAAUUCCAUCUGGUUACUGGAACAGACAUGAAUGCCAUUUUGGACAAAUCUAAUAAGCCCAACCACAAUCCACAUGCAACCAAGGCUCUGCAGCAUAUACUCUCUGAUUACAACCUCAUUGAUGCCUGGCGAGCAUAUAAUCCUAAAGCAAAAGAGUACACUUUCUACUCAAACAGGCAUAAAACAUUCUCACAAAUCAAUUUUAUACUAUUAUUUACACCUCUAUUUUCAUUAAUCAAGAAAAUAGAAAUGUGACAUAUGAACAUUACAACAAAGUCCUAUAUUCUGUGAUCAAUUUGAAAUUGAACUAAAUUAAUUCAUAAUGAUCAACAAAUAUUCAGUCGUUGACCCCUAUGGGAUGCCACCAAAGGUUUUAUAAAAAAAAUAAUGCAACUGCAUUUGCAUCUGGGUUGAAUAAAUCACAAUUAAAGAAGAUAUCAGAAUUGGAAAUGUUGUAAACUGCGUUAGAGCGUUCUCAACAACGGACCAGGUAGCUUUUACUCUUUCCAAACUGGGAUUGGUAAAUGUACUAACCUGGUCCCAGAUCUGUUUGUGCUGCUGCCUUGCCAGGCCAUAUGAGUUGGCAACACAGCACAAACAGGAUACUUUUUCUUUCUAAAGUUAUGAAGCACAGCUGGAGUCCUUUGCUAGGAAUCAAACUGAUUACGCAUUAGAAAUGAGUAACACAACAGAAUCUACUCUCGAUCUCAGUGCCACCUCUAUAUUGACAUUAGCUGUAUGAGUCACAAUAACCAAUCCAUCAAUCACUAUCAAAUAAUGAAUGGUUAUAAAAGAUUAACAGUAGUUUAUAUUUAUUACUAUUCCUGCUCCUUCGAAAAUGACAGCUAGCCAUAUACAUGUAGAGAGAGUUAUAUGGCUCUGGGCAGAUACUGUACUUCCCAGCUCAGAUACUCAGGCUUGCUAAUGAAAGGCUUGCUAAUGUUUUGUCAAUGUUGUGCACGCACCUCAUGGUGUGGGUGUUAGUGGGAGAGAGUAUCAUCCUUAUCAUGAAUGGCCCAAGGAAUGUUACUGAUGUGCAGCUCUGUGUUCUACUGUCAAAGGUGUGUAUAGGAAAGGUGUGUCGUGGAGGGUGUGUCUGUGUCUCACUCUAUGGGGGCAGAGCAAGACGGACAGGUUUGCGGGCUUAACUGGUGAGUCAGGGAUUAGAGAGCACUGGCAGUUGGCAUUGUUGGUACAACUACAUAGUGUGGACAAGGGUGGUUGUCUGAAGAGCAAAUUCUUCCUAUAUCGGCAUACUGCAGUACAGACAGAUAGUUUGGCCUGUCGUGUGUGAGUGGUGUGGGGCUGGGUCAUGUUACAGCAAAAUGCAAAAUGUCCAUUGUCUCUGGGUCAUUCUUGAAUUGGAGUGGCAUUUGCAUCCCAUUUGCAACCCAUUUAUGAAAAUCCUCAAUGAUAAAAAAAUCACCAUGAUCUUGGUAUCCGAUUCCGGUUUUAUGCAUUGAAACGUGUGGCUUUCUCGUGGCUAUCUUUUGCAAAAUAACUAUUUAUUUUCAAAUAAUUAUCAACAUAUAACACUAUAUUAAGGUGUGGGAUGUUCACUGUAUUACAAGGAACAACUAGCAGGUCUAUUUCGCUCCAGCAGCUAGCAUAAUCUAUCCAUUCACACUUCACCUGUGGGAACAUGGCGGCUCUCAACACGUGACAACAGAAAGAGUUGGCCGCUACUAUUUGAGAGAUUGCUAUUUCUCUUUCCAAAGUCAAGACAUAACUUAAUUUAUUGAUAAGACAAUUACAUGGUCAUCGUUUACUGGCCAACAAGCUAUGCAGUAAUGAUCAAUUAGUUGAUAUAGAAACUAUUGAAUCUCAAACCGGGGAAUUACUAUCAGAAUUACUAUAAUUUUUUAAAUUAUUUGAGCAGCAUAUUGUUAGAUAUAUAAUCCUAAAGCAAAAGAGUACACUUUCUACUCAAACAGGCAUAAAACAUUCUCACAAAUCAAUUUUAUACUAUUAUUUACACCUCUAUUUUCAUUAAUCAAGAAAAUAGAAAUUUGACAUAUGAACAUUACAACAAAGUCCUAUAUUCUGUGAUCAAUUUGAAAUUGAACUAAAUUAAUUCAUAAUGAUCAACAAAUAUUCAGUUGUUGACCCCUAUGGGAUGCCACCAAAGGUUUUAUAAAAAAUAAUGCAACUGCAUUUGCAUCUGGGUUGAAUAAAUCACAAUUAAAGAAGAUAUCAGAAUUGGAAAUGUUGUAAACUGCGUUAGAGCGUUCUCAACAACGGACCAGGUAGCUUUUACUCUUUCCAAAGUCAAGACAGAACUUAAUUUAUUGAUAAGAGAGAGAGCAUAAUUUGCCAUCCAUCGAGUUAGACUCAUCGAUUAAUUUCAUGGCAAUCGUCCUAGUCGUUUACUGGUCAACAAGCUACACAGUAUUGAUCAAUUAGCUGAUUUAGCAACUAUUAAAUCUGAAACAGGGGAAUUACUAUCAGAACCCAAAUUAAUCAAUCAAAGAUUCUCCCGCUUCUAUAAAGAACUGUACACCUCCAAUUGUAAAGAGACACCAAGCCAGACUAAGUCCGAACUCCUCUUCUCAACAGAGGAAGCCACCUCGCUGGGAGCCCAAAUCUCUAUCAGUGAACUCAAAAGGGCAUUGGAUAGUGUGAAUAAAGGCAAAUCACCUGGAUGGGAUGGUAUUCCUCCUGAGGUCUAUUUAAAAUGUUGGAAUCAAUUAGGUCCACUAUUGCUAAAAAAUUAGGUCCACUAUUGCUCAAAAUGAUUAAUACAACACUUUGAAAAAUCUACUCUUUUGGAUAUCCUUAAUUUGGCAGAUGCUCUUAUCCAGAGCAACUUACAGUUAGUGAGUGCAUACAUUUUUUAUACUGGCCCCCCAUGGGAAUCAAACCCACAACCCUGGCGUUGCAAGCUCCAUGCUCUACCAACUGAGCUACACGGGACCAAUAUACAGCCAAAGGAAUCUUUGCUAAUGAGCUCAAUGACCAUUGUCCCAUAGCCUGCAUUAGAGAUACUAAGCUACCGAAAUCUUAUCCACGCAACAUUACAAAGACGGUUUGGGGUAAUCUUUGAAUGCAUUUCUUUGAUCGUUUUUGUACCUGUAAGCCCCCCCCCCCCCCCCCCCCCCCCAAAAAAAAAGAAGAACAAAAUUGACAAAAUAAAUGACAUAAUUGGUUACCAAAAGAAAAAGCUAACAUUUGUCAUUGCCGUUACCUUCAUUGGUGUUACCUUCAUUGGUGUUACUACUCCUAUUGGUGGCACAAUGUUAUCAAGAUGGUAAACAUUAUUUAAAGCAAGUCAGCUGUCAUUUAAAAAAUAUAAUAAUAAUAAUGAUAAUAAUAAUAAUAAUAAUAAUAAUAAUAAUAAUAAUAAUAAUAAUAAUAAUAAUAAUAAUAAUAAUAAAUAUGCCAUUUAGCAGACGCUUUUAUCCAAAGCGAUGUACAGUCAUGCGUGCAUACAUUUUUGUGUAUGGGUGGUCCCGGAAAGACAUAUGGUUUUGUGUAGGAAUUGGAUAGAUUUCUCUAUAACAACACCAUUUUUACAUAAGAUAACAGCUGACAGUGACAUGUCCUGGUCAUCUCAUUGCUAUAGCUUCUCUGAAUGUAUAUUUUACCCCUGUAGAGUGGCUUACCUUGUUCUUGAACACAGCUCCUUAUUGUCAUACAGUAACAAUAUUGUACCAAUAGCACCACCCUGUGGAUGAAUGAUGGUUACUUAAUUUAGAAUAUUUCCCUUUUUUCCAGAUUGAACAAAGGUGACAAUAUCAAAAUGUCUUAUUCCUACUCCAAGAGGUCUUAUUCUCCCAGUGCCGGUAAGUAACUAUGUACAGUGCCUAGUGAAAGUCUACACACCCCUUGCACAGUUUUCACAUUUUGCUGCCUUCAAUUUUAAUAUGAAAAUGAUUUUAUUUUUUAAACAUUCACUACUGACGCGCAUGUUUCAAAUAAAUAAAUAAAUAACAAAAAUAUAAAAAUAUGUCUUGAUUAUGUAGGUCUUUACACCCCAUAGUUAUUACUAUGUGGAGGCCCCUUUGGCAGCAAUUAUAGCUAUAAAUCAUUUUUAAUAAGAUCCCACCAACUCCAAAAUUGGUCAAGCUCAGCCAAUUUGGUUGGUAAUCCAUGAUGGAUACAAUAUUCAAACCUUGUCUCAGAUUUUCAAGCAGAUUUAAGUCAUGACUGAGACUGGACCACUCAGGAACACUAACCCCUUUUGGAAAGUCAUUCUGGCUUUUGCCUUAUUUGAAGUUGGCUUCUUCUACAGAAACAGAUCGUGCCUUUCUCUAAGCAGUAGGAAGCAGAUUAUUCAGUCAACCUUUUUAUCUGUUCUUGAUAUUGAUAUUAUUUAUCAAAGUGCAGCUGCUACUACUGCUUAAACCUUUAGAUUUCACCUUUAUUUAUUUAACCAGGUAAGCCAGUUGAGAACAAGUUCUCAAUUACAACUGCGACCUGGCCAAGAUAAAGCAAAGCAGUGCGAAAAAAACAACAACACAGAGUUACAUAUGGGGUAAACAAAACAUAAAGUCAAAAAUACAACAGAAAAUAUAUUUACAGUGUGUGCGAAUGUAGUAAGUUAUGGAGGUAAGGCAAUAAAUAGGCCAUAGUGCAAAAUAGUUACAAUUUCGUAUUAACACUGGAAUGAUAGAUGUGCAAAAGAUGAUGUGCAAAUAGAGAUACUGGGGUGCAAAUUAGCAAAAUAAAUAACAAUAUGGGGAUGAGGUAGUUGGGUGGGCUAAUUUCAGAAUGACUGUGUACAGGUGCAGUGAUCGGUAAGCUGCUCUGACAAUUGACGCUUAAAGUUAGUGAGGGAGAUUAGAGUCUCCAGCUUCAGAGAUUUUUGCAGUUCGUUCCAGUCAUUGGCAGCAGAGAACUGGAAGGAAUGGCGGCCAAAGGAGGUGUUGGCUUUGGGGAUGACCAGUGAGAUAUACCUGCUGGAGCGCAGACUACGGGUGGGUGUUACUAUGGUGACCAGUGUUGCUAGAUGCCAUCUACCAUAGUGCCUUUCAUUUUGUUACAGGUGACAGUUUUCAUACUUAUCACUGCAUCCUGUAUCAAAAGGUUCGCUACAUUACUCAACUUACUUCAUAAACUUCCGUCUUAUCUAACUUUGCUGUUGAAAUAUAGAGACCUGAGUUGCCUAACCUGUUCACAGGAUUGGUUAACUCUUGAGGUUCCUAUGGUCUCCACCGCGCUAGAUAAAUCUACUUUGAGUUUUAAUGGACCGUGUUGCUAGAACAAAAUUCUAAAUACGUUUAAUCUUGAUGUUCUGGUCCCAUUUGGGCAAUUGAAAGUAUUGAUUGGGGACUUAUUUGUGGAGGAAUGUAACUGUUUUUCUGGGUGAUUUGUGAUGUUUAAUUUAUGCUUCCCAUGACUGUUUUUGUAUUUUAAUGUGUAUAUAUAUACACAGGGCACAUUUAAAAAAGAGACCUAGGUUUCAUUAUGUCUUCCCUGUUCAGCUCAGCCAUUGAGUUUUCUGGCUGUUUUAAAAUCUUAAAGGCCCAGUGCAGUCAAAAACAUAAUUUUCCUCUGUUUUAUAUAUAUUUCCACACUAUGAGGUUGGAAUAAUACUGUGUAAUUGUGAAAAUGAUCAUGCCCUUUAAGUGUAAGAGCUGUUUGAAAAGACAGCCUGUUUUGGUGGGAUGGAGCUUUGGCCUGCAUGGUGACAUCACCAGGUGGUAAAUUAGUUAAUAGACCAAUAAGAAAGCGAGUUCCAAACCUCUCUGCAAAUAACAGCUAGUUUUCCGUUUUCCCCUACCCACUUAGACCACUCCCAGACAGUCCUAGCAAAAUUAUUGGUUGAGAAAUUGCUCAUUGCUAAGAAGCUAUUGUUUCUUUUUGACCAUUUUAAUUUAAAACAAUCACGGCAAGGUACUUAAUUGUUACCAGAAAUUAUUUGAAAUUGAGAUUAAAACGGCUGCAUUGGACCUUUAAGCCUCAUAGUGAUAUUCCUGCAGCUCAGUUAGGAAGGAUGGCCAGAUCUGUCUGGGUGAUAUGAUACACCAUCCACAGAUGAAUUACCAUACUUGACAAUACUCAAAGGGAUUUUCGGUGGCUUAGAAUUAUUUCAUAACCUCCCCUGAUUUAUGCCUGUCUAAAACAUCUAUCCCAGACAUGCUUCUAAAGAUCAUUGGUGGCUCUGAGGUUAAAUCAUUGUUUGAAAUUCACUAUCCAACUGAGGGACUUUACACUUUACAGAGACAGGGGAAGUUAGUCUUAAAUCAUGAGAACCACUUAUUUUGCAAACAGAUGGACCUCAUUCAACAAAUUGUGUGAUUUUUCAUGAACAUAUUUUCACCUGAACUUAUCUAUAUGUGCCACAAGGGGUGUGGAGACUUUUGCAAUCAAGACUUCUUUGUUUUUAUUUUUGUAUUAAUUGCAUAACAUUUCUAUAAUUGUGGAGUAGGUUGUGGGAAAAAAUUCCCAAUGGUAUAACUUUUUAGAUUGAAAUUUAAGGAAGCAAAAUAUGAAAACUGUGCAAGGGGCUGUAGACUUUCACUAGGUACUGUAUACACAAUAACAUUUACAUUUACAUUUACGUCAUUUAGCAGACGCUCUUAUCCAGAGCGACUUACAAAUUGGUACAUUCACCUUAUAGCCAGUGGGUAACCACAUUACAAUAUGUUUUUUUUUUUUGGGGGGGGGGGGGGGGGGGGGGGGGGGGGGGGGGGGGGGGGGGGGGGGGGGAGAUGAGGGGGGGUAGAAGGAUUACAUUAUCCCAGGUAUUCCUUAAAGAGGUGGGGUUUCAAGUGUCUCCGGAAGGUGGUGAGUGACUCCGCUGUCCUAGCAUCGCAGGGAGCUUGUUCCACCAUUGGGGUGCCAGAGCAGCGAACAGUUUUGACUGGGCUGAGCGGGAACUGUGCUUCCGCAGAGGUAGGGGGGCCAGCAGGCCAGAGGUGGAUGAACGCAAUGCCCUCGUUUGGGUGUAGGGACUGAUCAGAGCCUGAAGGUACGGAGGUGCCGUUCCCCUCACAGCUCCGUAGGCAAGCACCAUGGUAUUGUAGCAGAUGCAAGCUUCAACUGGAAGCCAGUGGAGUGUGCGGAGGAGCGGGGUGACGUGAGAGAACUUGGGAAGGUUGAACACCAGAUGGGCUGCGGCAUUCUGGAUGAGUUGUAGGGGUUUAAUGGCACAGGCAGGGAGCCCAGCCAACAGCGAGUUGCAGUAAUCCAGACGGGAGAUGACAAGUGCCUGGAUUAGGACCUGUGCCGCUUCCUGUGUAAGCAGGGUCGUACUCUCCGAAUGUUGUAGAGCAUGAACCUACAGGCUCGGGUCACCGCCUUGAUAUUAGUGGAGAACGACAGGGUGUUGUCCAGGGUCACGUCAAGGCUCUUUGCACUAUGGGAUGAGAACACAACGGAGUUGUCAACCGUGAUGGCGAGAUCAUGGAACAGGCAGUCCUUCCCCGGGAGGAAGAGCAGCUCCGUCUUGCCGAGGUUCAGCUUGAGGUGGUGAUCCGUCAUCCACACUGAUAUGUCUGCCAGACAUGCAGAGAUGCGAUUUGCCACCUGGUUAUCAGAAGGGGGAAAGGAGAAGAUUAGUUGUGUGUCGUCUGCGUAGCAAUGAUAGGAGAGGCCAUGUGAGGAUAUGACAGAGCCAAGUGACUUGGUGUAUAGCGAGAAUAGGAGAGGGCCAAGAACUGAGCCCUGGAAAACACCAGUGGUGAGAACACAUGGUGCGGAGACAGAUUCUCGCCACACCACUUGGUAGGAGCGACCGGUCAGGUAGGACGCAAUCCAAGAGUGAGCCGCGCCGGAGAUGCCCAACUCGGAGAGGGUGGAAAGGAGGAUCUGAUGGUUCACAGUAUCAAAGGCAGCAGACAGGUCUAGAAGGACAAGAGCAGAGGAGAGAGAGUUAGCUUUAGCAGUCUCAGUUGAAUGACCAGUCUUGAAACCUGACUGGUUUGGAUCAAGAAGGUAAUUCUGAGAGAGAUUGCAAGAGAGUUGGCUAGAGACGGCACGCUCAAGAAUUGGAGAGAAAAGAAAGAAGGGAUACUGGUCUGUAGUUGUUGACAUCAGAGGGAUCGAGUGUUGGUUUUUUGAGAAGGGGUGCAACUCUCGCUCUCUUGAAGACAGAAGGGACAUAGCCAGCAGUCAAGGAUGAGUUGAUGAGCGAGGUGAGGUAAGGGAGAAGGUCACCGGAGAUGGUCUGGAGAAGAGAGGAGGGGAUAGGGUCAAGCGGGCAGGUUGUUGGGCGGCCGGCCGUCACAAGUCGCAAGAUUUCAUCUGGGUAGAGAGGGGAGAAAGAAGUCAAAGCAUAGGGUAGGGCAGUGUGAGCAGGACCAGCAGUGUCAUUUGACUUAACAAAUGAGGAUCGGAUGUCGUCAACCUUCUUUUCAAAAUGGUUGACGAAGUCAUCCACAGAGAGGGAGGAGGGGGGGGGGGGGGAUUCAGCAGGGAGGAGAAGGUGGCAAAGAGCUUCCUAGGGUUAGAGGCAGAUGCUUGGAAUUUAGAGUGGUAGAAAGUGGCUUUAGCAGCAGAAACAGAUGAAGAAAAUGUAGAGAGGAGGGAGUGAAAAGAUGCCAGGUCCGCAGGGAGUCUAGUUUUCCUCCAUUUCCGCUUGGCUGCCCGGAGCCCUGUUCUGUGAGCUCGCAAUGAGUCGUCAAGACACUGAGCAGGAGGGGAGGACUGAGCCGGCCGGGAGGAUAGGGGACAUAGAGAGUCAAAUGAUGCAGAAAGGGAGGAUAGGAGGGUUGAGGAGGCAGAAUCAAGAGAUUGGAGGGAGAAGGAUUGAGCAGAGGGAAGAGAUGAUAGGAUGGAAGAGGAGAGAGUAGCGGGAGAGAGAGAGCGAAGGUUGCGACGGCGCAUUACCAUCUGAGUAGGGGCAGAGUGAGUAGUGUUGGAGGAGAGCGAGAGAGAAAAGAAUACAAAGUAGUGGUCGGAGACAUGGAGGGGAGUUGCAGUGAGAUUAGUAGAAGAACAGCAUCUAGUAAAGAUGAGGUCAAGCGUAUUGCCUGCCUUGAGAGUAGGGGGGGACGGUGAGAGGGUGAGGUCAAAAUAGGAGAGGAGUGGAAAGAAGGAGGCAGAGAGAAAUGAGUCAAAGGUAGACGUAGGGAGGUUGAAGUCACCCAGAACUGUGAGGGUGAGCCAUCCUCAGGAAAGGAACUUAUCAAGGCGUCAAGCUCAUUGAUGAACUCUCCAAGGGAACCUGGAGGGCGAUAAAUGACAAGGAUGUUAAGCUUGAAUGGGCUAGUGACUGUGACAUCAUGGAAUUUAAAUGAGGAGAUAGACAGAUGGGUCAGGGGAAAAAUAGAGAAUGUCCACUUGGGAGAGAUGAGGAUUCCAGUGCCACCACCCCGCUGACCAGAUGCUCUCGGGGUAUGCGAGAACAAAUGGUCAGACGAGGAAAGAGCAGUAGGAGUAACAGUGUUUUCAGUGGUAAUCCACGUUUCCGUCAGCGCCAAGAAGUCGAGGGACUGGAGGUUAGCAUAGGCUGAGAUGAACUCUGCCUUGUUGGCCGCAGAACGGCAGUUCCAGAGGCUGCCAGAGACCUGGAACUCCACGUGGGUCGUGCGUGCAGGGACCACCAGGUUAGAGAGGCAGCAGCCACGCGGUGUGAGGCGUUUGUAUAGCCUGUGCGGAGAGGAGAGAACAGGGAUAGACAGAGGCAUAGUUGACAGGCUACAGAAAAUGGCUACAAUAAUGCAAAGGAGAUUGGAAUGAAAUGAACUAAACAUCUGGGAAAGCGAGAGAGCGGGGCCUCCCUCACUUACGUUUCACUGAAACACCCAAAUAUAACUCUCCCAACUUCCACCUCAGAAACUAUAAUUGUUGUAAACUACAGCGGUUCAAUGUUUUCUAGGAAUAGACUAACUUAGUUUAUUCAGCUAGCUAACUUGGUACAGUAUUCUUCCGUGAAAACCGUCCAGGGCACCUAGUCAUAUGACGCCACAGCCAUCUAGCAUGCCGGACUCCAACAACACGGUUUAGCAACAAUACUCGGCCACAACAAACCACCAGUGUGUCAACACGCCAAGCAGAUCAUUCGUGUCCGUGUCUAACGUUGUGGGUUAGUCCCGACAGCUUGAGCGAGUCCGUUGUGAACUUAUUCAGCCAGUUAGUUAGCUAGAAUAGUUAGCAUACUAGCUAGCCAUUGCUUUCUGCCUACGAAGAAACACGUCCUCCCACGGCACGAACACACAGAGAGAGCCAAGCUAACGUUAACUAGUCACCCUAUGUCCCGAAUUCCCUUGAACGACUCUGGUUACCAGUGUGUAAAAAAUAGAUUCUCAAAGUAGCUCGCUAGGUAAUUAGCUAGCAAACAUGUUUGACAUGCAUACAAUCUUGAGUUUUGAAAAUAAACAAAAUACAGCAAGCCAUGCACGCAAAAAAUUCUAAAGAAUCGACUCAUAACACAGUAUAUGAGCAUUAUCAGUGCCACACACCUGGAAUUUCACAUUCCUAACACACAUUCUUAGCAGCAAUGAGGUAGACAUCUGAUUUUCACAAAAGCUUUCUGUUUCUACUGUUCUUAUACACCCACAGUGUUCACUCCUCCAUUUGUCCAUUCAUUCAGCCAUGUUUUGUGUCCCAAUCAACCCCUAAACAUUGUCAAGGGAGCUAUAGCAGAAGGCCCAUUGUGUGAGGACUGAACAGCAGUGAUAUUAGUUAAAUAUUAGGGGCUGCUCAGGGUACCUAACUCCUCGGUGGGUUUUGACAGUGGGUGCGGUUUCACAGUGUCAUAACCUCACAAAGGGGUCAGCAUUGUAACCGGUCCUUGUGUUGAGUAACCAGGAUGAAUGAUCAGGUGAAAGACAAAGACGGUCAAAGACAAAGACAGUCCCUGAGUUAGAUAUACUAAUAGGCCUACAGUACUAGUUAUGCACUUUCAAUUGUGAUAAUUAUGUCAUUAUAAUGCAGUACUGCUUUUGUUCAGUCUAUUGCAGUAUUUUCAAUAAGAUCAACGUAUAGGUCAGUUAGUCAAUGUUUUGUGUGUGUGUGUGUGGUGUUGUGGUGGUUGUAGCUAAUAGCAGCAGUCCAAGCCAGGCGAUUGAGGACAGCAAGAAGAAGACGUCUCUGCUAAAGGACAGCAGUUGGAUCAGGAGAGAUGCAGAGGAGGACGAAGCAGUCGAGUGAGACACUGGCAUCACACACACAAACACACACACACGAACAAACGUACAAACCACACACACACACCUCCACCCAUCAUCUGAAUGGAACAUUACUAUAGGGUGUGGUAGAAGUUUAGGGUGUGACUAAACAUGACUGCUAUGUCAUUACUGUCAAAUAAAAAAUCAUCUGACCUUUCAUUGUUACAGUAGUGGUGGCUAAAUAACAUGAAACUUUUGCCUGUCAACUUUUCUCUCUUUUAGCCGGGAUCCCAACUUUGGCAGAGUGGUUCUGAACAAAUACCGGUCCAAUGAGGCUCUUGACAGGUAGACUCUUAUUUCCUGAUACUGUAUCUCCUGUAGUCCCUUCCCUCAUAUAUUACCUCAACUUGGCUUCAACUUGUAUAUAGAUCCAAGAAAAGCUGAAGAACUACAAAUAAUUUAUAUUUUCAUGGAUUUUCAUUAAUACUUACUGAAAAAACAGCAGCCUCCUUCGAGAUCAUGAAAUGAAAACAUCUGAUAAUUACUGAAAGAUUGUGGUCUACUUACUACAUCAGUGUUAUUAUCAAAGGUCUCUUAGACCUAUGGUUUAACAAACUUAUUUAUCCACAGUGCUGAGCCUGCAGACUCAAAAUCCCCUAAAACGACAACCACCAAGACAUUGUCUUCCGUAGAGGCCCUCAAAAAGAGGUAUCAAUAUCACUGUUCAACACACACUGUCAUCCUACUCAGGAACCAAUAUGUGUCCUAUACCUACAGUGCAUAUCAUAAGUAUUCACUUAUCUUAUUUUAUUGUGUUACAAAGUGAGAUUAAAAUUGAUAUAAUUGUACAUUUUUGUCAACGAUCUACACAAAAUACACUGUAAUGUCGAAGUGGAAGAAAAUUGCUAACAAAUAUGUAUUAAUUAAAAAUAAAACACUAAUAUAUCUUGAUUAGAUAACUAUUCACCCCCCUGAGUCAAUACAUGUUAGAAACCCCAGCACCAAUUACAGCUGAGAGUCUUUUUGGGUAAGCUUGAGUUGUGCAAUAUUUGGCCAUUAUAUUAUUUUUAAAAUUCUUUAAGCUCUGUCAAAUUGGUUGUUGAUCAUUGUUAAACAGCCAUUUUCAAGUCUUGCUGUAGAUUUCUACACAGAUUUAAGUCAAAACUGUGAGGCCACUCGGGAACAGUGUCUUCUUGGUAAGCAUCUGCAGUAUAGAUUUGGUCUUGUGUUUUAGAUUAUUGUCCUGCUAAAAGGUGAAAUUGUCUCCCAGUGUCUGGUGGAAAGCAGACUGAACCUGGUUUUCCUCUAGGAGUUUGCCUGUGGUUAGCACCAUUCUGUUUAUUUUUAUCCUGGAAAACUCCCCAGUCCUUGCCAAUGAAAAGCAUACCCAUAACAUGAUCAAAUAAAAUAAAAUAAAGGUUAAUUGGUCUUGUACACAGAUUUGCAGAUGUUAUCACAGGGGCAGCAAAAUGGUUGUGUUUCUAGCUCCAACAAUACAUUAAUAAUCUAAAAAGUAAAAAAUUAAUUAAAUGAUGCAGCCACAACUAUGCUUGAAAAUAUGGGGAGUGGUACUCAGUGAUGUGUUGUGUUGGAUUUUUUGCAGUAUUACUUUAGUGCGUUGUUGCAAACACGAUGCAUGUUUUGGAAUAUUUGUUAUUCUGUACAGGCUUUCUUCUUUUCACUCUGUCAUUUAGGUUAGUAUUGUGGAGUAACUACGAUGUUGUUGAUCCAUACUCAGUUUUCUCCCAUCACAACCAUUAAACUCUGUAACUGUUUUAAAAUCACCAUUGGUGGAAUUCCUGAGCGGUUUCCUUCCUCUGCGGCAACUCAGUUAGGAGGGACGCCUGUAUCUCUGUAGUGACUGGGUGUAUUGAUACAGUGCCUUGCAAAAGUAUUCAUCCCCCUUGGCGUUUUUCCUAUUUUGUUGCAUUACAACUUGUAAUUUAAAUGGAUUUUCAUUUGGAUUUCAUGUAAUGGACAUAAAAAAAUGACUUAUUUCAAAAAAUUAUAACAAAUAAAUAACGGAAAAGUGGGGUGUGCAUAUGUAUUAAGCCCUUUUGCUAUGAAGCCCCUAAAUAAGAUCUGGUGCAACCAAUUACCUUCAGAAGUCACAUAAUUAGUUAAAUAAAGUCCACCUGUGUGCAAUCUAAGUGUCACAUGAUCUCAGUAUAUUUACACCUGUUCUGAAAGGCCCCAGAGUCUGCAACACCACUAAGCAAGGGGCACCACCAAGCAAGCGGCACCAUGAAAACCAAGGAGCUCUCCAAACAGGUCAGGGACAAAGUUGUGGAGAAGUAGAGAUCAGGGUUGGGUUCUAAAAAAAUAUCCCAAACUUUGAACAUCCCACAGAGCACCAUUAAAUCCAUUAUUAAAAAAUUGAAAGAAUAUGGCACCACAACGAACCUGCCAAGAGAGGGCCGCCCACCAAAACUCACGGACCAGGCAAGGAGGGCAUUAAUCAGAGAGGCAACAAAGACACCAAAGAUAACCCUGAAGGAGCUGCGAAGCUCCACAGCGGAGAUUGAAGUAUCUGUCUAUAGGACCACUUUAAGCCGUACACUCCACAGAGCUGGGCUUUAUGGAAGAGUGGCCAGAAAAAAGCCAUUGCUUAAAGACAAAAAUAAGCAAACACAUUUGGUGUUCGCCAAAAGGCAUGUGGGAGACUCCCCAAACAUAUGGAAGAAGUUACUCUGGUCAGAUGAGACUAAAAUGUAGCUUUUUGGCCAUCAACGAAAACGCUAUGUCUGGCGCAAACCCAACACCUCUCAUCACCCCGAGAACACCAUCCCCACAGUGAAGCAUGGUGGUGGCAGCAUCAUGCUGUGGAGAUGUUUUUCAUUGGCAGGGACUGGGAAACUGGUCAGAAUUAAAGGAAUGAUGGAUGGCGCUAAAUACAGGGAAAUUCUUGAGGGAAACCUGUUUCAGUCUUCCACAGAUUUGAGACUAGGACAGAGGUUCACCUUCCAGCAGGACAAUGACCCUAAGCAUACUGCUAAAGCAACACUUGAGUGGUUUAAGGGGAAACAUUUAAAUCUCUUGGAAUGGCCCAGUCAAAGCCCAGACUUCAAUCCAAUUGAGAAUCCGUGGUAUGACUUAAAGAUUGCUGUACACCAGCGGAACCCAUCCAACUUGAAGGAGCUGGAGCAGUUUUGCCUUGAAGAAUGGGCAAAAAUCCCAGUGGCUAGAUGUGCCAAGCUUAUGGAGACAUACCCCAAGAGACUUGCAGCUGUAAUUGCUGCAAAAGGUUGCUCUACAAAGUAUUGACUUUGGGGGGGGGGCUCAAGUUUUCUGUUUUUUUGUCUUAUUUCUUGUUUGUUUCACAAUAAAACAUAUUUUGCAUUUUCAAAGUGGUAGGCAUGUUGUGUAAAUCAAAUGAUACAAACCCCCAAAAAAUCAAUUUUAAUUCCAGGUUGUAAGGCAACAAAAUAGGAAAAAUGCCAAGGGGGGUGAAUACUUUCGCAAGCCACUGUACACCAUCUAAAGCCUAACUAAUAACUUUACCAUGCUCAAAGGGAUAUUGAAUGUCUGCUUUAAAAAAAAAUAUAUAUAUAUAUCUGCCAAUCGGUGCCCUUUUUUGUGAGGUAUUGGAAAAGCUCCCUGGUCUUCGUGGUUGAAUCUGUGCUUGCAAUACACUACUCGACUGAGGGACCUUACAGAUAAUUGUAUGUGUGGGGUACAGAGAUUGGGUAGUCAUUCAAAAAUCAUGUUAACUCCUUUAUUAUUGCACACAGAGUGAGUCCAUGCAACUUAUUAUAAGAUUUGUUAAGCACACUCCUGAAAUUAUUUAGGCUUGCCAUAACUAAGUGGGUGAAUACUUACAGUGGGGAAAAAAAGUAUUUAGUCAGCCACCAAUUGUGCAAGUUCUCCCACUUAAAAAGAUGAGAGAGGCCUGUAAUUUUCAUCAUAGGUACACGUCAACUAUGACAGACAAAUUGAGAGAAAAAAAAUCCAGAAAAUCACAUUGUAGGAUUUUUAAUGAAUUUAUUUGCAAAUUAUGGUGGAAAAUAAGUAUUUGGUCACCUACAAACAAGCAAGAUUUCUAGCUCUCACACACCUGUAACUUCUUCCUUAAGAGGCUCCUCUGUCCUCCACUCGUUACCUGUAUUAAUGGCACCUGUUUGAACUUGUUAUCAGUAUAAAAGACACCUGUCCACAACCUCAAACAGUCACAUUCCAAACUCCACUAUGGCCAAGACCAAAGAGCUGUCAAAGGACACCAGAAACAAAAUUGUAGACCUGCACCAGGCUGGGAAGACUGAAUCUGCAAUAGGUAAGCAGCUUGGUUUGAAGAAAUCAACUGUGGGAGCAAUUAUUAGGAAAUGGAAGACAUACAAGACCACUGAUAAUCUCCCUUGAUCUGGGGCUCCACGCAAGAUCUCACCCUGUGGGGUCAAAAUGAUCACAAGAACGGUGAGCAAAAAUCCCAGAACCACACGGGGGGACCUAGUGAAUGACCUGCAGAGAGCUGGGACCAAAGUAACAAAGCCUACCAUCAGUAACACACUACGCCGCCAGGGACUCAAAUCCUGCAGUACCAGACGUGUCCCCCUGCUUAAGACAGUACAUGUCCAGGCCCGUCUGAAGUUUGCUAGAGUGCAUUUGGAUGAUCCAGAAGAGGAUUGGGAGAAUGUCAUAUGGUCAGAUGAAACCAAAAUAUAACUUUUUGGUAAAAACUCAACUCGUCGUGUUUGGAGGACAAAGAAUGCUGAGUUGUAUCCAAAGAACACCAUACCUACUGUGAAGCAUGGGGGUGGAAACAUCAUGCUUUGGGGCUGUUUUUCUGCAAAGGGACCAGGACGACUGAUCCGUGUAAAGGAAAGAAUGAAUGGGGCCAUGUAUCGUGAGAUUUUGAGUGAAAACCUCCUUCCAUCAGCAAGGGCAUUGAAGAUGAAACGUGGCUGGGUCUUUCAGCAUGACAAUGAUCCCAAACACACCGCCCGGGCAACGAAGGAGUGGCUUCGUAAGAAGCAUUUCAAGGUCCUGGAGUGGCCUAGCCAGUCUCCAGAUCUCAACCCCAUAGAAAAUCUUUGGAGGGAGUUGAAAGUCUGUGUUGCCCAGCGACAGCCCCAAAACAUCACUGCUCUAGAGGAGAUCUGCAUGAAGGAAUGGGCCAAAAUACCAGCAACAGUGUGUGAAAACCUUGUGAAGACUUACAGAAAACUUUGACCUGUGUCAUUGCCAACAAAGGGUAUAUAACAAAGUAUUGAGAAACUUUUGUUGUUGACCAAAUACUUAUUUCCCACCAUAAUUUGCAAAUAAAUGCAUUAAAAAUCCUACAAUGUGAUUUUCAGUAUUUUUUUUCCUCAAUUUGUCUGUCAUAGUUGACGUGUACCUAUGAUGAAAAUUACAGGCCUCUCUCAUCUUUUUAAGUGGGAGAACUUGCACAAUUGGUGGCUGACUAAAUACUUUUUUUCCCCACUGUAUAUAACCAAGACCUUUUAGUUAUUCAUUUUGUGUUAAUUUGUAAACAUUUAUAGAAUUUUAUUUUCACUUUGACAUUAUGCAGUAUUUUGUGUAGAUCAGUGAAAAUAAAUCACAAUUAAAUCCAUUUCAAUCCCACUUUGUAACGCAUAAAAAUCCAAAAGGGUGAAUACAUAUGAUCUGCACUGACAUUCUACAUCAAGAUGUAGAAGUGUUUUCUCUAAAACUCAUCUGACUUGUUGCAGAUUUGGUGGGAGUCAGGAUGAAUUGAGCAAGGGCAGGUCAGUAGGCUUUUCUCCUACAUAACUCACACCUUUACUUGUUGCAAUAAUAUGUUCCCAGUAGGCAAUAUUGCUUGAAAAGACGCCAUGGUCAGGUUGUAAACUUGAAAAAUAUGUCUUUACCUGGUUAUAAUCUGGUUAGCUGACGUCACUUUAACCAGAAAAUUACACAAUUAUGACGCCCAUGCCCAAAUUUUGUCCACUCAGUUAAUAGUUAUAUUAGUGUUAAUAAAAUGUAAUUUCCCCUUUUGAUGUAGCACCCUGCCUUCAACUUAUGGACGUACUAGCACAUCCUACACAAAAAGGUAAUGUUGGAAUAGAACAGAAUGGUUCUGUAAGUGGAUAUUUAGCUGCUGUGAAAGAGAUUAUCUCUAAAUGCUGUCUUUUGUUUGGUACAGUACCUCACCACCGAAGUCAGAUUGUCUCAAGACGUAAGUGACCCUAUAUGAUAAUGAAUCCCAGCUGUGCUUGUGCAAUACUGAAUAGUUAUGUAAUAAAAUGUAUUAUCCAUGAAAUGUCUCAUAUUCAGCCUCUAUUAAUGUAAUGUCAUUACAGAACUACUGUCUCUAAAACAACAGUCACAGAGGAACCUAAGAAAACAAGGUAGAUUAUUAGUUUUAAAUUUAAAAAUGUGAGCGCCUUUAUUCUCUUUCUAUUUUUUUUUUUUUUUGGGGGGCAAGCUAGUCAUCUUUUAUGCAAGGGAGCCCUGGUCAAGUUUAUUCACCACCUUUAUAAACUUUUUGCAAUCAAAGGUGACACAGUAACAUUUUAAUGUUUUGAUAUCCUGUUGAAUUCAUUCCUUCAGCACCACAACAACUACCACCACCAAAGGUGGUACAACUACUGAGACUACCAUCUCCACAAGCCAGAGUGUGAGCAGGUAUGGUAUUCACAUACGUACACCUUGUUAAUCUUUACUAUUCCCCAUCAAAGGAUGUGCACAAACAUUCUUGGUUCUGUUUACAGAUCCCCAGUUGUGAAAUCACCCACCACCAACACUGAGAGCUUCACCGAUCGGGUCUUCAGCUCAAAAAAAAGGUAAAACCACACCCUUUGAAAAUAGGGGUGGCAGGUAGCCUAUGGUUAGAGAGGCGAGCCAGGAACGGGAGGGUUGCCAGUUCGAAUCCGGGUCUGACAGGAAAAAUCUUUCGGGAUGUGAGCUGGCAAAGGGUUGCUGUAUCAAAAUCCUAGAUGCUAUUUUGUGCCCUUGAGCAAGGCACUUAACCCCCCAGAACUACUACUCCAUGGGUUCCCAGUGUGGCAGCCCUCUGCUCCAACCUCUCCAACCUGUAUACAUUGGGGAGAACAAGUAUUUGAUACACUGCCGAUUUUGCAGGUUGUCCUACUUACAAAGCAUGUAGAGGUCUGUAAUUUUUAUCAUAGGUACACUUCAACUGUGAUAGAUGGAAUCUAAAACAAAAAUCCAGAAAAUCACAUUGUAUGAUUUUUAAGUAAUUCAUUUGCAUUUUAUUGCAUGACAUAAGUAUUUGAUCACCUACCAACCAGUAAGAAUUCCGGCUCUCACAGACCUGUUAGUUUUUCUUUAAGAAGCCCUCCUGUUCUCCACUCAUUACCUGUAUUAACCGCACCUGUUUGAACUCGUUACCUGUAUAAAAGACACCUGUCCACACACUCAAUCAAACAGACUCCAACCUCUCCACAAUGGCCAAGACCAGAGAUCUGUGUAAGGACAUCAGGGAUAAAAUUGUAGACCUGCACAAGGCUGGGAUGGGCUACAGGACAAUAGGCAAGCAGCUUGGUGAGACGGCAACAAGAAGUUCACCCUCGGUCUGGGGCUCCAUGCAAGAUCUCACCUCGUGGGGCAUCAAUGAUCAUGAGGAAGGUGAGGGAACAGCCCAGAACUACACGGCAGGACCUGAUCAAUGACCUGAAGAGAGCUGGGACCACAGUCUCAAAGAAAACCAUUAGUAACACACUACGCCGUCAUGGAUUAAUAUCAUGCAGCGCACGCAAGGUCCCCCUGCUUAAGCCAGCGCAUGUCCAGGCCCGUCUGAAGUUUGCCAAUGACCAUCUGGAUGAUCCAGAGGAGGAAUGGGAGAAGGUCAUGUGGUCUGAUGAGACAAAAAUAUAGCUUUUUGGUCUAAACUUCACUUGCCGUGUUUGGAGGAAGAAAAAGGAUGAGUACAACCCCAAGAACACCAUCCCAACUGUGAAGCAUGUAGGUGGAAACAUCAUUCUUUGAGGAUUCUUUUCUGCAAAGGGGACAAGACGACUGCACCGUAUUGAGGGGAGGAUGGAUGGGGCCAUGUGUCGCGAGAUCUUGGCCAACAACCUCCUUCUUCCCACAGUAAGAGCAUUGAAGAUUGGUCGUGGCUGGGUCUUCCAGCAUGACAACGACCCAAAACACACAGCCAGGGCAACGAAGGAGUGGCUCCGUAAGAAGCAUCUCAAGGUCCUGGAGUGGCCUAGCCAGUCUCCAGACCUGAACCCAAUAGAAAAUCUUUGGAGGGAGCUGAAAGUCCGUAUUGCCCAGCCACAGCCCCGAAACCUGAAGGAUCUGGAGAAGGUCUGUAUGGAGGAGUGGGCCAAAAUCCCUGCUGCAGUGUGUGCAAACCUGGUCAAGACCUACAGGAAACGUAUGGUCUCUGUAAUUGCAAACAAAGGUUUGCAAUUAGUUCUGCUUUUCUGAUGUAUCAAAUACUUAUGUCAUGCAAUAAAAUGCAAAUUAAUUACUUAAAAAUCAUACAAUAUUAUUUUCUGGAUUUUUGUUUUAGAUUGCAUCUCUCACAGUUGAAGUGUACCUAUGAUAAAAAUUACAGACCUCUACAUGCUUUGUAAGUAGGAAAACCUGCAAAAUCGGCAGUGUAUCAAAUACUUGUUCUCCCCACUGUAUAUACAGUUGAAGUCGGAAGUUUACAUACACCUUAGCCAAAUACAUUUAAACUCAGUUUUUCACAAUUCCUUACAUUUAAUCCUAGUAAAGAUUCCCUGUCUUAGGUCAGUUAGGAUCACCACUUUAUUCUAAGAAUGUAAAAUGUCAGAAUAAUAGUAGAGAGAAUGAUUUAUUUCAGCUUUUAUUUCUUUCAUCACAUUCCCAGUGUGUCAGAAGUUUACAUACACUUAAUUAGUAUUUGGUAGCAUUGCCUUUAACUUGUUUAACUUGGGUCAAACGUUUCGGGUAGCCGUCCACAAGCUUCCCACAAUAAGUUGGGUGAAUUUUGGCCCAUUCCUCCUCUCAGAGCUGGUGUAACUGAGUCAGGUUUGUAGGCCUCCUUGCUCGCACACACUUUUUCAGUUCUGCCCACACAUUUUUUAUGGGGUUGAGGUCAGGGCUUUGUGAUGGCCACUCCAAUACCUUGACUUUGUUGUCCUUAAGCCAUUUUGCCACAACUUUGGAAGUAUGCUUGGGGUCAUUGUCCAUUUGGAAGACCCAUUUGCGACCAAGCUUUAACUUCCUGACUGAUUUCUUGAGAUGUUGCUUCAAUAUAUCCACAUCAUUUUCCUUCCUCAUGAUGCCAUCUAUUUUGUGAAGUGCACCAGUCCCUCUUGCAGCAAAACAUCCCCACAGCAUGAUGCUGCCACCCCCGUACUUCACGGUUGGAAUGGUGUUCUUCGGCUUGCAAGCUAUCCCUUUUUUUCCUCCAACCAUAACGAUGGUCAUUAUGGCCAAACAGUUCUAUUGUUGUUUCAUCAGACCAGAGGACAUUUCUCCAAAAAAUAAGAUCUUUGUCCCUAUGUGCAGUUGCAAACCGUAGUCUGGCUUUUAUAUGGAGGUUUUGGAGCAGUGACUUCAUCCUUGCUGAGCGGCCUUUCAGGUUAUGUCGAUAUAGGACUCGUUUUACUGUGGAUAUAGAUACUUUUGUACCUGUUUCCUCCAGCAUCUUCACAAGGUCUUUUGUUGUUGUUCUGGAAUUUAUUUGCACUUUUUGCACCAAAGUACGUUCAUCUCUAGGUGUGACGAGGUGUGAAUGAAGGAGCCAGGCGCAGGAAGUGAAGUCCAGAGUUUAAUCCGUUUGCAUAAAUCAAACACCCCAAGAGUCAAACAGGGAAAACAUCCACCUUGGCAAUAUCACAGUGAAAUGUAGCUCAACCAAGCUACAAGCUCUCACAACAAACAAUCACUCACAAAGACAAGGGGAACAGAGGGAACAAUUAUACACAUACUAAUUAGGGGAUUGAGCACCAGGUGUGUGUGAUUGACAAUACAUGACAAGUGGAGUGAUGAGAAUGGGAUCGGCAGUAGCUAGUGGGGGUGUUGUCUCUGGGCCUCUCCUCUGUGUCAUACAGCCGAGACAGUGCGUCUGCCUUCACGUUCUUCGUACCCGGAAUGUACGAGAGUGUGAAAUCAAACCAGGUGAAGAAGAGGGCCCACCUGGCCUGGCGAGGAUUCAGCCUCCUCACUGCCCGAAUGUACUCCAGGUUACGGUGGUGUGUCCAGACGAGGAAAGGGUGUUUCGCCCCUUCGAGCCAAUGUCUCCACACCGUCAAAGCUCGGACAACAGCCAGCAGCUCCCGAUCACCAAUGCCAUAGUUCUGCUCUGCCGAGCUGAGCUUCUUAGAAAAGAAGGCACGGGACAGCUCCUAUCCCUACCUCGGACGCAACCACCUCCACUACGAACGGUAAUGAUGGAUCGGGGUGAGCCAAUACCGGGGCUGAGGUGAACAGACCCCGCAAUCUAUUGAAGGCUAAAUCAGCCUCAGCAGACCAGCGGAGCCGGGACGGCCCACCCUUCAACAAGGAGGUAAUGGGAGCUGCGACCUUGCCAAAGCCCCGAAUACACUUUUGAUAGUAGUUGGCAAAGCCAAGGAAGUGCUGCACCUCCUUUACCGUGGUUGGAGUCGGCCAAUUACGCACGGCUGCAAUGCGAUCUCCCUCUAUCUCCACACCUGUGGUGGUAAUGCGAUAUCCGAGGAAGGAGAUUUACUGCUGGAAAAACUCACACUUCUCUGCCUUGGCAUAAAGAUAAUUUUCCAGCAGUCGGACCAGUACUUUGCGAACCAGGGACACAUGCUCGGCGCGCGUAGCGGAAUACACCAGGAUGUCAUUGGUGUAGACCACCACACCACGACCAAGCAUGUCCCGAAACACCUCGUUCACAAAGGACUGGAAAACGGAUGGAGCAUUCAUCAAACUGUAGGGCAUCACCGGGUAUUCAUAAUGCCCCGAGGUUGUGCUGAAUGCUGUUUUCCACUCAUCCCCUUCCAGAAUAUGCACCAGGUUGUAGGCACUCCUGAGGUCUAAUUUGGUGAAAAAACGGGCCCCAUGCUUUGACUCAUCUCAAUCACUGAAGGAAUGAGGGGAAGACGAUAACUAAAUCGUACCAUCACAUUAUUCAGUGGUUGAUAAUCAAUGCACGGGCGUAAACUGCCAUUUUUCUUCUUCACAAAGAAGAAACUUGAGGAGGCAGGUGAAGUGGAGGGAUGUAUAUACCCCUGGCGCAGGGACUCGGUGAUGUAUAUUUCCAUAGCCUCCGUUUCAGCCUGCGACAGGGGAUACACAUGACUCCUGGGAGGUACAUGGUCUACCCGAAGGUUUAUCGCGCAAUACCCCUCCCGAUGAGGUGGUAAUUUAGUCGCUUGCGUCUUGGAAAACGUGAGCGCCAGAUCAUGGUAUUCGGGGGUCAGUCUGGGGGUACGGUGGGGGUACCGUCUGGACUUUCCACCGUGGUCGCACCAACGGAAACACCUAGACACCUACCCGGACACUCACGCGACCACCCCGUAAGAACCCUCUGUGGCCAUGAAAAAUUGGGGUUGUGAAGGGCUAACCACGGGAUACCCAAGACUUCAGGGUAAGCAGGAUACUCAAUAAUCAUAAAGGUGAUCUGCUCAACAUGCGUCUCCUGCGUAAUCAUGGUGACUGGUACCGUAACUUCCUUAACAAACACUGACCCUAAUGGUUGACUAUUAAGUGCUCUGAUGGGGAGUGGAAUGGUUAGGGGAACCAAUGAAAUGCCUUGGCGGUGUGCAAAUGCCCUGUCCAUAAAAUUCCCAGCUGCGCCUGAAUCGACUAGCGCCUUACACUGGGAACCUACCAAGUGAUCGGGAAAGGAGAUAGAUAAAGUACAGUGCGCCGCAAAGGGCUCUGAACACGUUUGGGUGUUCGUUACCUGGGGUGAUGCGUGAGUACCCUGCCUACCACCUCCAGACCCGAAAGCACGUUGACUGCGACGUGAGGUGGAUGGUCCCUUCGUACCACCAGAGUGGCACUGUCGCUGUCCUCCUGUGCUCUCUCAACCGGCGGCUCCCCCCUGCUCCAUCUGCUCGGGGUCAGAGUCGUCCGGAGUGGGACGGGCAGACCCCUACCAGGACGUCCUCUGGCUUCUAGCAGAUUGUCCAGCCAGAUGGCCAUGUCCACCAGUUGGGAGAACGAUAGCAUGGCAUCCCGCCAGGCUAGCUCCCGUCGGAUGUCCUCCCUUAGAUGGCACCGGAAAUGGUCGAUCAGGGCCCGCUCAUUCCACCCGGACCCCGCUGCCAGCGUCCGGAACUCCAGCGCGUAGUCCUGAGCGGUCCUCGUCCCCUGCCUCAGAUGAACCAGUCGUUCGCCCGCCUCUCGACUCUCAGGCGGGUGAUCAAAAACGGCCCGAAAGAGGCGAGCAAACUUCCCAUAGUUCUCCAACGCGGUACCUCCCUCGUUCCACACGGCGUAUGCCUACUCCAGGGCUCUCCCACAAAGGCAGGAAACGAGGACGGAUAACUUCUCCUGCUCCCGGGGCUCCGGCCUGAUGCUGGAGAAAUACAACUCCAGUUGGGGUAGGAAUCCCUUACAUCGCGCUGCCGUCCCAUCAAACGCUGGUGGCCAGGAUAUCUGGAUCCCUCCAGGGGCUGGGGUGUAGGUGCCUGCAUCGGUUGACCAGCUGGUCUCGAUAGAUCAGAUCUUCUCCUCUCCAGCCGUUCUAUCACCUGAAGAACCCGAUCCAUCGCUUCCCCCAAGCUGGCCAACAUCGAGGAAUGCUCCUGGACCCUUGCCACAACUCCAGGCAUGCAGUCUUCUCCUGCUGACUCAAUAUCAGAUCAGGUGAGUGAUUCUGUGACGAGGUGUGAAUGAAGAGGUCAGGCAGAAGAGGUAAAAUACCGAAGUCCAGAGUUUAAUCCGUUUGCAUAAAUCAAACGCCCCAAGCGUCAAACGAAACUAUACAAGGGAAAACCUUGGCAAUAACACAGUGAAAUGUAGCUCAACUGAGCUACACGCUCUCACAACAAACAAUCACUCACAAAGACAAGGGGAACAGAGGGAACACUUAUACACAUACUAAUUAGGAGAAUGAGCACCAGGUGAAUGUGAUUGACAAGACAUGACAAGUGGAGUGAUGAGAAUGGGAUCGGCAGUAGCUAGUACUCUGGUGACGACGAACACCGAAGCCUGCCCGAACCAGGAGGGGGGGCAGCCUCGGCGGAAGUCGUGACACUAGGAGACAGAAUGCGUCUCCUUCCUGAGCGGUAUGACGGCUGCGUGGUCCAUGGUGUUUAUACUUGCGUACUAUUGUUUGUACAGAUGAACGUGGUACCUUCUGGCGUUUUGGAAAUUGCUCCCAAGGAUGAAACAGACUUGUGGAGGUCUACAAUAUUUUUUCUGAGGUCUUGGCUGAUUUCUUUUGAUUUUCCCAUGAUGUCAAGCAAAGAGGCACCGAGUUUGAAGGUAGGCCUUGAAAUACAUCCACAGGUAUACCUCCAAUUAACAAAAAAAAAAAUCUGGAAUUUUCCAAGCUGUUUAAAGGCACAGUCAACUUAGUGUAUGUAAACUUCUGACCCACUGGAAUUGUGAUACAGUGAAUUAUAAGUGAAAUAAUCUGUCUGUAAACAAUUGUUGGAAAAAUGACUUGUGUCAUGCACAAAGUAGAUUUCCUAACCAACUUGCCAAAACUAUAGUUUGUUAACAAGAAAUGUGUGGAGUGGUUGAAAAACAAGUUUUAAUGACUCCAACCUAAGUGUAUGUAAACUUCCGACUUCAUCUCUGUGUGUGUCUUUCGGAGGGGUUGGAACAAGUCAAAAUUUGGUUAGACCAUGUGUACAAUUGACGAAUGAAGUAAUCUUAAUACAACACAGUAUAAAAUAAUCUGUGGCCUGUACUAUAAAUAACCAUUAUGAUAUAUAUGAGAGGCUUGUGAUAGGCCUGUGAGGUAUUGCAGGGAGAAUAUGUUUACCAGCGUUGGCCCAUUGACAGGCCCAUUGAUCAUACACUCAUGUUCCUGCUGCUGCUUCCCACACGGAGACAGAUACACGGGCACACAUACUUUUUAUUUUUGCCCCCAUUGGUAUUUUCUUUUCCAUGCUGCAUCUAAGAGGAUGUCUUAUCACAUCAGGAGUAGGCAGACUGGUGAUAGAGCUGGCAGCAGGGCUGUAGACAGACAUGCAACAUCUGCUUGUAGAGUGAAGCUUUGAAGUACCGUUCUGUGGUGUGCCUCUCCUCACUGUUCAGUAAUCUCUGACACCCAGAACUAAAAUCUUGCAUAAUUGCGUUAGAUGCAUGAUUAAGUUCUGGGGGAGACGUGUUAGACAAGUGAAGUACUGAAGUAGCGAACUCUCUAACGCUCUAAACAAAAACUCUCAGCCCGUUUUGGGUGAGUCUAUGGGCCAAAUGUCCCCUUCCGAAAUCUGAAAGAUGUGAGCAACUGCAAAAUCAUGAUUUGUCCAAAUGAAUUACAUAAGACACCCUACUCACCACCUUCAAGGCGUUACUGAGAAUGUUGUUGCUGUUUGGGCUGGCUACUUAAUUCAUUAAAAUACACUUACUUUUAAAUUACAAAAUAUGUGUAUUUUAAUUAAAUACAUUUCAAAAUAUUUUUUUGUUUAUUUUGGUACAUUUGAUCUUUAGAUUUAUUUAUAUUAAUAUUUUGUAAUUGUAUUUUGUCAUUUUUGCCCAUCCCUGACAACAGAAGUCAAAGUGACCACCCCCAAAGUGUAAGACCAGGCUUGACAAGGCUCAUAAUUACAUAAUAAUUAUCCCCCUAGAGUCUAUCUAAGGAACAUAAUUUUAAAAAUCCCCAUCAAAAUCUGUCAGUUUAAGCUAGAGAUACUGUAUCAAUCUACCACAUCCACCUAUGGUGGCCUUCCACAUCUGUGGUGGAAGGUGGCCAAGCUACAGCAGUUUUUGUCAGACCAUGAGACAUCCCGAAAAUCGGUCUUCUCAUGAAACGUCUGUAGCGUCAAUGUGCCAACCUCUGUUUGUAGUGUCCGAACCGUUUGGAUUACAAACUAAUGGGAACCCACUGUGGAAAGGGGAGAUUCUCACGAACACGAUGUGUCACGGGACUCGUCUGAAGGUAUCCGGUACCGGUAAAAACAUUUAAUGGAAGUAUGGAGGUAGUUUUAUGCCUAACCCCCAAAAAAGGGGUUAAAUAUGAGUUUAUAAAAAAGUGUUAAACAUAUCAAAAUAUAUUUUAUAUUUGAGAUUCUUCAAAUAGCCACACUUUGCCUUGAUGACAGCUUUGCACACUCUUGGCAUUUUCUCAACCAGCUUCACCUGGAAUGCUUUUCCAACAGUCUUGAAGGAGUUCCCACAUAUGCUGAGCACUUGUUGGCUGCUUUUCCUUCACUCUGCAGUCCGACUCAUCCCAAACCAUCUCAAUUUGGUUGAGGUCGGGGGAUUGUGGAGGCCAGGUAAUCUGAUGCAGCACUCCAUCACUCUCCUUCUUGGUAAAAUAGCCCUUAUACAGCCUGGAGGUGUGUUGCAUCAUUGCCCUGUUGAAAAACAAAUGGUACUCCCACUUAGCCCAAACCAUAUGGGAUGGCGUAUCGCUGCAGAAUGCUGUGGUCUGAAUACUUUCCGAAUGCACUGUAUAUACGUAUGUGUGUAUAUAUAUACAGUAUAUAUUUCCUGAGCUUUCUUAUAUCUCCUAGAUAUAGGACAGACACUCCAAAACCUUAUUCCUUAAGAUAUUUUGCCAUUUAUGAAUGUGUUAUUAAAUUUGUUUCUAUGCGCUAUAGUAGUAAAGGCCAAAUUCAAUAUUUUAUCAAAUAUUUUUUUUACCUUUCUUUAUACCUAAAGGUCCUGUAAUUCAAAAUCAAAUAGCUGAAUGAUCCAUGGUAUAACCAUCUUAUAACAAUUCCAUAUAUCAGCUUAGACCCCCCCCCCCCCCCACCCCCACCCCCACCCCCCCCCAGCUGUAGUAAAUGGUUGUAAAAGUGACCUCUCACAGAGAUGUAACAGUAACAGUAACAAUUCAACAGUAACAGUAACAAUGCAACAGUAACAGUAACAAUGUAAUGUAACUGCAAUGGAAACGGGUAAUGGUAGUGUUAACAGUAACAUAUUUUUUUUACAUAGAACACCACCUUCUAAGCCAAAAGUGAGCGAGAAAACAGAAGUCAAAGUGACCACCCCCAAAGUGUAUAAUCAGGGUUGACAAGGCUCAUAGUGACACAAUAACGUAGGAUGUGUAAAACACUGUAACAUAUGCUAUACUGUAUGUCUGUAUAAUCUACAAACAAUAUAAUCAAUACCAUCCAUACAGUAUCCGGUUAAUAAUACAUGAGUUACUGUUAUCUGGGCAGGACUGAGGAUCAGUUAGUCGAUACUCUGAUACCAACAUCCAUCACAACUGAGCACUUGAUCCCGGACAGGUAAGAUCUUUGUUUAAAAUGUUUCUUAUCAAUAGAUAUUCACAUUAUUUUUAAGAUUUUACAAGGUGAUUAAAAAAAGUCCACAUACCUACUUGAUUUGGUCAUGUCCACAUACACCAGUGAACUAGUGUAGGAAUAUUGAUGAAUAUUGGUCAACAUAUUGAUCAAUUUCUUACAUGUUCCUCAAGCACGACAAGUGUCUCCAAAACAGAGACUGUGACACUGAAAACCACUAAAAAGGACAGCACUUCUGGGUCAGUUUGAUCAGAGAUAUGCACAAACACACAAUGCGAACGACUUUUGCAAAACCGUAAUGAAAUACUAUAUUUCCCUAAAAAAAACACAGAUAUAUAUAUAUAUAUAUUUCCUUUUCAUUCAGAGAUGGCAGCAAAACUCCCCCCACGAGCCCAAGGAGGACUUCCUCAAAGUAAGCAUACUGACCUCCAAUUGAAUGCCUUGGAUUGGUCCAUUAUUUUCAUAUUCUCCCUUCUGUCAAAUACAUUUGAUGCAAAAAUCAAUUUAGCUAACGACAAUGACUUUGGUGUUAAAAUUGUUAUAACUGUGUUGACAUUGAACAUAAUGUAAUAAUGUAAUGCAGUUAAUUACAGUAUAAGUAUAAUCUUCACAGGACCGAGAAUGACCUCUAUGAAACUCUCCUGCCGACAUCCAUGAAGGCUUGCUACUCCUCCCCUGACAGGUAAGGUCUCCCUUAGGGAGGUGUUCAUGUUAUUCCAGAUACUGCAGGCUACUGCACUCUGUGUUGAACUUGAAAGGUUCACUAAGAAGUCUGUUGAAUCAAAUACACUCCUAUAGUACCUGUGUAAUAUAAUACAUGUAAUUCAGUACUAGCCACAAUAAUCGAUAUUAUUCAAUAUUGAGUCACGUGAUGCUGCGAAGCAAGGCGGUUGUCUGAAAGGAGCCUCCUGAUAAAACCUCCCAAUUUUUACAAUGCUGUUUUGGUCAAUGGAGGUUUAGCCGGUUGGCUACUCAGUGACUGUAUUCAAGUUGCCUGGUCAGAACUACCCUAAGAAAAGAUGUCAGUAGUUGAGACUUGCACGUUCAUUUAGUAAAUGGUCGGACCAAGGUGCAGCGUGGUAUGCGUACAUGUUUAAUUUAUUAAAUAAACACUUCACAAAAUAACAAAAGAAAUUAACAUGAAGUUCUAAAGGCUAACAGCAACAAGCCUAAAUAGAAACAAGAUCCCACAACAUAGGUAGGCAAAAUGGCUGCCUAAGUAUGAUCCCCAAUCAGAGACAACGAUCGACAGCUGCCUCUGAUUGGGAACCACACCCGGCCAACAUAGAAAUAUAUAACAUAGAUCAACUAGCAUUCCACCCUGACCAAACUAACUAGAGAAAUAACUGGGUUCUCAAGGUCAGUGUGUGACAGGACUAGGGUGAUAGCUUAUAAGUGUCUCGCGGACCGAGUGGGGUUUUUCUCUUCAAGUAGAAAAACAAGGGGAGAGGGGUGGGGUGGUUGUUACUGUUUUGUGUUUUGUAUUGUGUUGUCAGGUUCAUGGCUCAUGCAAGUGUUUUUAGCACAACCAAGGUUGAGGUUGUAAUAUGUGACAGCAUGACAGUAUCGAAAAUGAUUGAUUUUCAAUAUAAUUCUAACACCCAUUAUGCAAUGUUUGAUAAAUGUCUAAAACAAACACAAAGAUAAUUUCAUGGAAUAUGAACGGUUCACAGAAUCCUAUUAAGAGUAAGAAAUGUUUAUGUUAUCUCAAAUCCCAACAAGCUGAUAUAGCUUUUAUCCAAGAAACUCAUUUGGUUGACUCAGAGGCUGCUAAAUUGAAAAGGGAUUGAGUUGGGCAGGUAUUUCAUAGCUAAUUUUCAAGCAAAAAACAUGGUGUCGCAAUUUUGGUACAUAGAAAGUUGAAUUUUGUCAUGUUAAAGCAACAUAAGGAUGAGGAAGAAAGAACGAUUUGUGUUGAGGCUCUGGUAGAUGGUAAUAAGGUUCAUAUGUGUAAUAUUUAUGCACCAAACAAGGAGGAUCCUGGGUUUUUCCAUAAGGUUAAUAAGGUCAUGGGAGAAAUCAUUGGUGGCAAUACAGUGGUGGCGGGAGACUUUAACCAGGUUCAAGAUGGUAUCCUUGAUAAAACUACUUAUUCUAAAACUGUACCAAGGGACAGAGCAGCGAUACACCUAUUAACGAGGGAUCUGGGUCUGGUAGAUAUGUGGAGAUUUGUCAAUCCUAGAGAGAAGGAAUAUACAUUUUAUUCACAUAACCAUAAAUCUCAUUCCAGGAUAGAUGACUUCCUAAUGUCCAAGAGUAUGACUAAAGAUGUGAUAGAUUGUAAAAUAGGGGUUAUUGCUUUGACUGACCACGCAACAGUGGAAUUAUGUAUAGCAGUUGAGGCUGAUAUGGCUAGGAAAAGCAUUAGAUGGAGGAUGAAUACGUUCUUAUUCCAAGACGAAACAUUUAAUAUUUCCCUCGAUGAAGACCUUAAGUGUUUUUUUCAGACAAACAUUGGUUCCACUGACAAAUUUAGUAUGGUGUGGGAGGCCUCUAAAGCUUAUGUUAGGGGCAAAAUAACAGCACACACAAGUAGAAAGAAAGGGGAAGAUAGAGAAAGAGUUGAAAAACUAGUCUCAAUUAAAGAGUUGGAAAAUAGUUAUUCAAGAAAAAGACUGAGUCACUAUUGAAACAAGUCUGUUAUCUGAAGUUUCAAUUACAUGUGAUCUAUAACAAAAAGGCUGAAUAUGCAAUGUUUCGGCUGAGGACAAACUUUUAAGAAAGUGGUGAAAAAACAGGUAAAUUAUUGACUAGACAAUUGAAACAAAAAGAUGCCAGUUUUGUAAUACCAGCUAUCACAAAUGGAAGUGGGGAGGUACUGACUGGUACAACAUAUAUUAACAAUGUGUUUUGUGACUUUUAUUUGACUCUUUAUAAAUCUGAACGUAACUUAGACCCAGCUAAAUUGAAUGCCUUUUUUUCAAAGAUAGAGCUUCCGGGGGUGUCCCCAGAUCAAAUAAAGAAUUUGGAUGCUCCUAUACUAGAAUCUGAGAUAAGAACAGCCAUCACCUCAAUGAAGUCUGGAAAGUCAUCAGGAUUAGACGGCUUCCUGGUUGAGUAUUAUAACAGGACAUAUUAGCUCCUAUAUUAACAUGAGUGUACGCAGAAGCUCUGGAACUGAAACAGCUACCUGACACUUUUAAUAAGGAACUAAUUUCAUUAAUUCUCAAGAAGGAUAGAGACCCCACUGACCUAGAGAGUUUUUUGUAAGGCGCUCUCCAAAGUACUAGCCAUGAGGCUGGGGAAGGUUUUAUCUCAUAUUAUUCACACAGAUCAGGUGGGAUUUGUAAAAAGUAGAACCUCCACAGACAAUCUUAGAGGUUUGCUUCAAGUGCAAAGUUUAUGUAUGAAAAAUAUUUUUCUCGUUUUUUAUAAAAAAACUUUGUAUCAUGUGCCUUAGUCAAAAAGAGGAUACUCAGGUGGCAGCCCUUUCCCUAGAUGCAGAGAAGGCAUUCGAUAGGGUAGAGUGGGGCUUUUUGACAUAUACCCUUGAAAAGUUUGGCUUUGGCACUGGAUUUAUCAAGUGGGUUAAGGUAUUAUACUCCAAUCCAAGAGCAGCAGUCCUCACAAAUGUUAUGGUCUCUUCCUUUUUUAAUUUGUCGAGGGGAACCCAGCAGGGUAGUCCUCUCUCACCCCUCCUUUUUACUCUAUUUUUGGAGCCCUUGGCAGCAGCAAUCAGGGCGGAUUCAGGAAUCAAAGAAGUGAUGGGAGGUGCCAGAGAGCAUAAACUGUUUUUAUAUGCUGACGACAUAUUGUUACUUAUUAGAGAACCGGCCACAUCAAUCCCUUUUGUUUUGAACACAAUCGACAUGUUCUCACAGAUAUCUGGUUAUAAGAUUAAUUGGCAGAAGUCAAAGGCUAUGCCUGUUUCCAAAUUCGGUCCUCCUGUUGCAAUUACAUCACAAAAGUUAAAAUGGGUGCCAUCAGGGAUGAAAUACCUGGGUAUAAGACUGAGCAACGAACUACAGAAUAUCAUGUAAAUUAACAUGAUGCCACUUAUACAAAAAAUAAAGAAUAAUCUUGAUCAAUGGAGGUUGCUUAAUCUUACUUUAUGGGGCAAAAUAAAUACUGUUAAAAUGGUUGUGGCACAACAGUUUAAUUAUGUGUCCAUUAUGUGUCCCCUUACUAUUUAAGCAGUACAGUCAAAUGAUUAAGGAUUAUCUUUGGGAUGGGAAAACCCCCAGAAUAAAUGUGAACAAGUUAUAAUGCCCCAAGGGUUAAAGGAGGACUAGCAUUAUCCAAUGUAGAACUAUACAACAUAUCAUUUGAAGUAGACAAAUUGGCCAGACACUGGGGCAAUUAUGAUUCCAUUUGGGAUGGACUCAGAUUGAGAGGUCUAUCACAUCCCCGUUAAGCCUAUUGAGGCCUUAUCACAAAAGAUAAUUCAGAGACAGCCAACUGAAGAGGCUAACCCAAUCCUACAACAUUCCCGAGAGGUAUGGGUUAAGGUUCCUAAGAUGCUUGGAAUUUCCCAGUAUAAACUAAAAUAUUCUUCCAUUUGGCCCAACCCAUCGGUUUACAUAGGAAAACAUUAAUUUAUCUGAGAUGUAUGGCUUAGACAAGGCAUGCAUGCACUAGUGGAUCUACAGUGCCUUGCAAAAGUAUUCAUCCCCUUUGGCGUUUUUCCUAUUAUGUUGCAUUACAACCUGUAAUUUAAAUGGAUUUUUAUUUAAUGUGAUAGACAUACACAAAAUAGUCCAAAUUGGUGAAGUGAAAUUAAAAAAAUAACUUGUUAAAACUUAAAUAACAGAAAAGUGGUGCGUGCAUAUGUAUUCACCCCCUUUGCUAUGAAGCCCCUAAAUAAGAUCUGGUGCAACCAAUUACCUUCAGAAGUCACAUAAUUAGUUAACUAAAGUCCACCUGUGUGCAAUCUAAGUGUCACAUGAUCUCCUGUUCUGAAAGGCCCCAGAGACUGCAACACCACUAUGCAAAGGGCACCACCAAGCAAGCGGCACCAUGAAGACCAAGGAGCUCUCCAAACAGGUCAGGGACAAAGUUGUGGAGAAGUACAGAUCAGGGUUGAGUUAUAAAAAAAGAUCAACAACUUUGAACAUCCCAUGUAGCACCACUAAAUCCGUUAUUAAGAAAAUGGAAAGAAUAUGGCACCACAACAAACCUGCCAAGAGAGGGCCGCCCACCAAAACUCACGGACCAGGCAAGGAGGGCAUUAAUCAGAGAGGCAACAAAGAGACCAAAGAUAACCCUGAAGGAGCUGCAAAUCUCCACAGUGGAGAUUGGAGUGUCUGUCCAUAGGACCACUUUAAGCCAUACACUCCACCUGGGCUUUAUGGAAAAGUGGCCAGAAAAAAGCCAUUGCUUAAAGAACAAAAUAAGCAAACACGUUUGGUGUUCACCAAAAGGCAUGUGGGAGACUCCCCAAACAUAUGGAAGAAGGUACUCUGGUCAGAUGAGACUAAAAUUGAGCUUUUUGACAUCAAGGAAAAUGCUAUGUCUGGCGCAAACCCAACACCUCUCAUCACCGCGAGAACACCAUCCCCACAGUGAAGCAUGGUGGUGGCAGCAUCAUGCUGUGGGGAUGUUUUUAAUCGGCAGAGACUGGGAAACUGGUCAGAAUUGAAGGAAUGAUGGAUGGUGCUAAAUACAGGGAAAAUAUUGAGGGAAACCUGUUUCAGUCUUCCAGAGAUUUGAGACUGGGACGGAGGUUCACCUUCCAGCAGGACAAUGACCCUAGACAUACUGCUAAAGCAACACUUGAGUGGUUUAAGGGGAAACAUUUAAAUGUCGGGCAAUGGCCUAGUCAAAGCCCAGUCCUCAAUCCAAUUGAGAAUCUGUGGUAUGACUUAAAGAUUGCUGUACACCAGCGGAACCCAUCCAACUUGAAGGAGCUGGAGCAGUUUUGCCUUGAAGAAUGGGAAAAAAUCCCAGCGGCUAGAUGUGCCAAGCUUAUAGAGACAUACCCCAAGAGACUUGCAGCUGUAAUUGUUGCAAAAGGUGGCUCUAUAAAGUAUUGACUUUGGGGGGGGUGAAUAGUUAUGCACGCUCAAGUUUUCAGUUUUUUUGUCUUAUUUCUUGUUUGUUUCACCCCAAAAAUAUUUUGCAUCUUCAAAGUGGUAGGUAUAUUGUGUAAAUCAAAUGAUACAAACCACCCAUGAAAUCAAUUUUAAUUCCAGGUUAUAAGGCAAGAAAAUAGGAAAAAUGCCAAAGGGGGGGUGAAUACUUUCGCAAGAUACUAUAUAUGAGAAAGGAGUGCUUAUGUCCUAUCAGGACCUGAAGGAGAAAUUUAAUUUUCCAGAUAAGGGACUGGAAAUACUUACAACUAAGGAGCUGCAUGGGGUCUCUCAUGAGUAUUAACCUCCAGAGAGAUGAAAACUUGUUAGAACAAUAUUUUAUGUUACCAGGAAUAUCACACUCUGCUUCAGUGUUUUAUCAAAGAGUCUCAUAUGCACAAUAUGGAAAUUGUGAGAAUUUAAGGUUGAUUUGGCAGAGGGAUCUUAAUUGUGACAUAUAUGAUUUAUGGACAAAUAUUCUUUCCAAUGUGUACCAGGGAUACAAGGGGUACAUUUACACAUUAUAAGAUUGUUCAUAGAGACUACUGGACCCGAGUUAGAUUACAUAAAAUGGGUUUAUUGCAAUAUAAUUCAUGCUGGAAAUGCAAGAGUGAAGUAGGUACCUUUUUGCAUGCUAUAUGGGAAUGUCCCAUGGUGCUCUCUUUUUGGAAGGAGGUUCUUAAAAAGCUUGAAGAAUGGUUGGGACAGCCUAUUCCAGAGUCCCCAUAACUGUGCUUAUUAGGGGAUAUAUAUUUUACCACCAGGUAUUAGCAAAGAAUAGUUUGGUCUUGCCUCAGUGUGUUUUCUUACUGCGGCUAGACUCAUACUACGUAACUGGAAGAGCGCAGAUAGUCCGAAAUCAACAGAUUGGCUCAAACUCAUGGUGGAGACUACUUCUGAUAACUCAACGAUAGCGAAAUUACAGGAGAGGAAAGGGAAAUUGAGUAUGAUAUGGGAACACUUUUUAAAUUACAAAUGGGACUGGACGUUCAGGUGAGAACAUAGGGCAUAAGUUAGAACAAAUGAAUGUGUAAUGUGUUAUUUUUAUUUUUUAUUUAUUUUUAUCUAAAAUUAUUACUUUUUUUAUUAUUAUUAUUUAUUUUUAUUUUCUGUUUAAUAUUCCAACCACUGAUAUAUGGUUGAAAGGUGCUGUCUUGUUGGGUGUUAUGUUUUUGUUGUUAUUAGUGUUAAGUCAUGGUGUAAUUUCAUAUUGAUAAAAAAAGUGACAAAAUUGUCAUUGAAUAAUGACAACAUGUUAUUCAAUAUUGAUUUAAUAAUGAUAUGAUUAUUCUAGUAUUCAGUAUUUCAGCAUCAUGGACAGUUCCAAAUAAAAUAAAAUACAAGUUUAUUGGUUGUGUACACAGUUUAGCAGAUGUUAUAGUGGGUGCAGUGAAAUGCUUAUGUUACUAUAUCCUAAUAAUGCAAUAAGUACACAAAAGAAAACACCCCCCAAAACUUUGAAGUCAAGAAAUAUCGGAACGGAUCCAAUUAACAACCCAAAUAGCACUGUAAGAGUAAUCCAAAUACAAUCUAUUUGUACAGUUGAAGUCGGAAGUUUACAUACACUUAGGUUGGAGUCAUUGAAACUCAUUUUUCAACCACCCCACACAUAUCUUGUUAACAAACUAUAAUUUUGGCAAGUCGGUUAGGACAUCUACUCUGUGCAUGACACAAGUAAUCUUUCCAACAAUUGUUUACAGACAAAUUAUUUCACUUAUAAUUCACUGUAUCACAAUUCCGGUGGGUCAAUUCCGGUGGGUCAACUUACAUACACUAAGUUGACUGUGCCUUUAAACAGCUUGGAAAAUUCCAGAAAAUUAUGUCAUGGCUUUAGAAGCUUCUGAUAGGCUCAUUUACAUCAUUGGUGACAAUUGGAGGUGUACCUGUGGAUGUAUUUCAGGUCCUACCUUCAAACUCAGUGCCUCUUUGCUUGACAUCAUGGGAAAAUCAAAAGAAAUCAGCCAAGACCUCAGAAAAAAAAUUGUAGACCUCCAAAAGUCUGGUUCAUCCUUGGGAGCAAUUUACAAACGCCUGAAGGUACCACGUUCAUCUGUACAAACAAUAGUACGCAAGUAUAAACACCAUGGGACCAUGAAGCCGUCAUACCGCUCAGGAAGGAGACACGUUCUGUCUCCUAGAGAUGAACGUACUUUGGUGCGAAAAUUGCAAAUAAAUUCCAGAACAACAGCAAAGGACUUGUGAAGAUCUGAAGUACCUAUAUCCACAGUAAAACGAGCUCAGCAAGGAAGAAGCCACUGCUCCAAAACCGCCAUAAAAAAUCCAGACUACGGUUUGCAUCUGCACAAGGGGACAAAUAUUGUACUUUUUGGAGAAAUGUCCUCUGGUCUGAAGAAAGAAAAUAGAACUGUUUGGCCAUAAUGACCAUUGUUAUGUUUGGAGGAAAAAGCGGGGCGCUUGCAAGCCGUAGAACACCAUCCCAACCGUGAAGCACGGGGGUGGCAGCAUCAUUUUUGUAAGUCACUCUGGAUAAGAGCGUCUGCUAAAUGACGUAAAUGUAAAUGUAAUCAUGCUGUGGGGUUGCUUUGCUGCAGGAGGGACUGGUGCACUUCACAAAAUAGAUGGCACCAUGAUGAAGGAAAAUUAUGUGGAUAUAUAUCAGUCAGGAAGUUAAAGCUUGGUCGCAAAUGGGUCUUCCAAAUGGACAAUGACCCUUCCAAAGUUGUGUCAAAAUGGCUUAAGGACAACAAAGUGAAGAUAUUGGAGUGGCCAUCACAAAGCCAUGACCUCAAUGCUAUAGAAAAUGUGUGGGCAGAACUGAAAAAGCGUGUGUGAGCAAGGAGGCCUACAAACCUGACUCAGUUACACCAGCUCUGUCAGGGGGAAAUUCACCCAACUUAUUGUGGGAAGCUUGUGGAAGGCUACCCGAAACGUUUGACCCAAGUUAAACAAUUUAAAGGCAAUGCUACCAAAUACGAAUUGAGUGUUUGUAAACUUCUGACCCACUGGGAAUGUGAUGAAAGAAAUAAAAGCUGAAAUAAAUCAUUCUCUCUACUAUUAUUCUGACAUUUCACAUUCUUAAAAUAAAGUGGUGAUCCUAACUGACCUAAAACAGGGAAUUCUUACUAGGAUUAAAUGUCAGGAAUUGUGAAAAACUGAGUUUAAAUGUAUUUGGCUAAGGUGUAUGUAAACUUCUGACUUCAACUGUAUAUAAACCGUCUAAAUUUACACAAGACAUGUACAGCAGUUGAUAUAUUAGAGUGAGCUAUGUCAAUAAUUCAGUAUAUAAAUAAAUAUGCGGUGUGUAUAAACACUUUAACUAAUAUGAAUGAAAUAUUAAUAUUUCUACUAAUGUACAGUAGUAGAAAUAUUAAAAAAUAGCCAUGUUGAGAAUACAGUAUUUAAAUACACCGUACAAAAGCCCAUGGAAAAAUGGAUAGAAUUGCAAGAAAUUAGCUUCUGGACCAGAGUCUGGAAUAUACUGUAAAUAUAUAUGUAGUCCCGUGUAGCUCAGUUGGUAGAGCAUGCUCAGGGUUGUGGGUUAGAUUCCCACGGGGGGCCAGUAUGAAAAAAAGAAAAUGUAUGCGCUCACUAACUGUAAGUCGCUCUGGAUAAGAGUGUCUGCUAAAUGACUAAAAUGUAAAUGUAGUGAAUGGCGGGGAUAGACAGUAUGGACAGUAUGUGAAUAGAAAAGGUGUACAGUAGUUAUAUACAGUAGGAUGAGCCAUUUCUAGAAUGCAGUAUAAUACAUAUAAAGUGGGUAAAACAGUAUUUAAAUAUUAUUAAAGCUAAACAUUAUUAUCAUCCGAACACUCAAGCGUUCCACAGUAUAUAACAUUUCUGAUCAUAAAAAUGUAUUUCAUCAUGUGAUAUUUGUUGAUCAACUCAAACUGAGCAUAUUAUUUCCAUUGUUUAUAAUUACAGCACUACAACCAUCACCAAGAAAGAAGUUGUCACUGUGGACAGCCCCAAAGGGUACGUUUUAUUGAUCUAAUAAAAUCGAUUGGAACUUUUGAGCAAAAUACUCAACAUUAGUAACGGUUCAUUAUCUGUGUGUGAGGUUAGUAGCCAAAAUGUAUCCUAUUUUCUCUCCUUUUAGGGAUGUCAAAACUGUGAAAUCUCCGACCUCUACAACUAAGACCAUCACUAGGUAAACAUAAUAACCUCUACACAAGAACCAGUAUAUAAUCGUUAAUUAUGAUAUAUUCUUCUUCAACAAUAUUGGAUUUACAACUUAUAUGAUCAACAGUUAUUGUCCUUCAUGCAACAUAACUAUAGCUUUCCAGCAAUUGCAUAUUGGACUGAUAGUUGACAUCAAAUUAUAACAUUUCUGUUGUCAUUUUGGUCAGAUUUCAAAAUAACACAGCCAUCUUCCUUAAACGUAUCGCAUUCUCUGUCUCCCAUUCCAACCAGCUACAGUUCCUACAGUAGUAGUGACGACGUCUCCUCUACCAAGUCCUCUUCCUACUCCAUCAGCUCCAAGCCAAGGUAAUGGUUGUAGAAUGGGGUACUACAUAAUGCGCUGUACAAUGGCCUCCGCCGAAUAUAUGGGCAUGUUCGAGAACAUAACAUUUGUGAUGUGGGUAAAUGCCCACCGGGUAAAAACUGGUUCAAUCAACGUUAUUUCCAUCCCAUUUCAACCCCCCUAAUCUAUGUGAUGACAUUGAGUCCAUGUGGAAAACUCAUUGGAUUUGCAAAAACUCAUCAACGUAAGGGCAUUUCAGGUUUUUCCACCUAACUUUUGACCUAAAUCCAAUGACAUGACAGUGUUUUGUUGAUUUCACGUUGAAUUCACAAUAGUUGACAACUCAACCAAAUUUCAAUCAAAAUUAGAAGUUGAACUGACGUCUACGGCCAGUGGGUGGUGUCAGACUGACUGAUCUACAAAUAAUAAUAAGUAGUUUUUAAAGAUGAAAGGUGAUUGGACUGGAAAUGACUGGAAAUCAGUAAGUCUGCUGUCACAGACUACAAUGCAAUAAUCUCGAACACAACCUACGUUUUUCUCUCAAUAGAGAGAAAAACCAUCAGAGAUGGGUUUCACAGCACAUAAAUACUCACAUGACUUUGAAAAUAACCUACAAUCCCACCCUGUUUCCACACACAGUGAGGACUACACCUCAACCAACACCCGUAGAAGCUACUCCAGCAAGCCAGACAACAGGUAUGUAAUGGCGUUUAAAUUAAAUCAAAUCAAAUCAAAUCAAAUUUUAUUGGUCACAUGCGCCGAAUACAACAGGUGCAGACAUUACAGUGAAAUGCUUACUUACAGCCCUUAACCAACAGUGCAUUUAUUUUAAACAAAAAAAGUAAAAAUAAAACAACAACAAAAAAAGUGUUGAGAAAAAAAAGAGCAGAAGUAAAAUAAAGUGACAGUAGGGAGGCUAUAUAUACAGGGGGGUAUCGUUGCAGAGUCAAUGUGCGGGGGCACCGGCUAGUUGAGGUAGUUGAGGUAAUAUGUAUAUGUGGGUAGAGUUAAAGUGACUAUGCAUAAAUACUUAACAGAGUAGCAGCAGCGUAAAAGGAUGGGGUGGGGGGGCAGUGCAAAUAGUCCGGGUAGCCAUGAUUAGCUGUUCAGGAGUCUUAUGGCUUGGGGGUAGAAGCUGUUGAGAAGUCUUUUGGACCUAGACUUGGCACUCCGGUACCGCUUGCCGUGCGGUAGCAGAGAGAACAGUCUAUGACUAGGGUGGCUGGAGUCUUUGACAAUUUUGAGGGCCUUCCUCUGACACCGCCUGGUAUAGAGGUCCUGGAUGGCAGGAAGCUUUGCCCCAGUGAUGUACUGGGCCGUACGCACUACCCUCUGUAGUGCCUUGCGGUCGGAGGCCAAGCAGUUGCCAUACCAGGCGGUGAUGCAACCAGUCAGGAUGCUCUCGAUGGUGCAGCUGUAGAAUUUUUUGAGGAUCUGAGGACCCAUGCCAAAUCUUUUUAGUCUCCUGAGGGGGAAUAGGCUUUGUCGUGCCCUCUUCACGACUGUCUUGGUGUGUUUGGACCAUGAUAGUUCGUUGGUGAUGUGGACACCAAGGAACUUGAAGCUCUCAACCUGUUCCACUACAGCCCCGUCGAUGAGAAUGGGGGCGUGCUCAGUCCUCUUUUUUUUCCUGUAGUCCACAAUCAUCUCCUUUGUCUUGGUCACGUUGAGGGAGAGGUUGUUGUCCUGGCACCACACGGCCAGAUCUCUGACCUCCUCCCUAUAGGCUGUCUCAUCGUUGUCGGUGAUCAGGCCUACCACUGUUGUGUCGUCGGCAAACUUAAUGAUGGUGUUGGAGUCGUGCCUGGCCAUGCAGUCAUGGGUGAACAGAGAGUACAGGAGGGGACUGAGCACGCACCCCUGAGGGGCCCCCGUGUUGAGGAUCAGUGUGGCAGAUGUGUUGUUACCUACCCUUACCACCUGGGGGCGGCCCGUCAGGAAAUCCAGGAUCCAGUUGCAGAGGGAGGUGUUUAGUCCCAGGAUCCUUAGCUUAGUGAUGAGCUUAGAGGGCACUAUGGUGUUGAAUGCUGAGCUGUAGUCAAUGAAUAGCAUUCUCACAUAGGUGUUCCUCUUGUCCAGGUGGGAAAGGGCAGUGUGGAGUGCAAUAGAGAUUGCAUCAUCUGUGGAUCUGUUGGGGCGGUAUGCAAAUUGGAGUGGGUCUAGGGUUUCUGGGAUAAUGCUGUUGAUGUGGGCCAUGACCAGCCUUUCAAAGCACUUCAUGGCUACAGACGUCAGUGCUACGGGUCGGUAGUCAUUUAGGCAGGUUAUCUUAGAGUCCUUGGGCACGGGGACUAUGGUGGUCUGCUUGAAACAUGUUGGUAUUACAGACUCAGUCAGGGACAUGUUGAAAAUGUCAGUGAAGACACUUGCCAGAUGGUCAGCACAUGCUCGGAGUACACGUCCUGGUAAUCCGUCUGGCCCUGCGGCCUUGUGAAUGUUGACCUGCUUAAAAGUCUUACUCACAUCGGCUACGGAGAGCGUGAUCACAUAGUCAUCCGGAACAGCUGGUGCUCUCAUGCAUGCUUCAGUGUUGCUUGCCUCGAAGCGAGCAUAGAAGUGGUUUAGCUCGUCUGGUAGGUUUGUGUCACUGGGCAACUCGCUGCUGUGCUUCCCUUUGUAGUCUGUAAUAGUUUUCAAGCCCUGCCACAUCCGACGAGCGUCAGAGCCAGUGUAGUACGAUUCAAUCUUAGACCUGUAUUGACUCUUUGCCUGUUUGAUGGUUCGUCGGAGGUCAUAGCGGGAUUUCUUAUAAGCGUCCGGGUUAGAGUCCCGUUCCUUGAAAGCGGCAGCUCUACCCUUUAGCUCAGUGCGGAUGUUUCCUGUAAUCCAUGGCUUCUGGUUGGGGUAUGUACGUACGGUCGCUGUGGGGAUGACAUCAUCGAUGCACUUAUUGAUGAAGCCAGUGACUGAUGUGGUGUACUCCUCAAUGCUGUCUGAAGAAUCCCGGAACAUGUUCCAGUCUGUGCUAGCAAAACAGUCCUGUAGCUUAGCAUCUGCGUCAUCUGACCACUUUUUUAUUAACCGAGUCACUGGUGCUUCCUGCUUUAGUUUUUUCUUAUAAGCAGGAAUCAGGAGGAUAGAGUUAUGGUCAGAUUUGCCAAAUGGAGGGCGAGGGAGAGCUUUGUAUGCGUCUCUGUGUGUGGAGUAAAGGUGGUCUAGAGUUUUUUUCCCUCUGGUUGCACAUUUAACAAGCUGGUAGAAAUUAGGUAGAACGGAUUUAAGUUUCCCUGCAUUAAAGUCCCCGGCCACUAGGAGCGCUGCAUCUGGAUGAGCGUUUUCCUGUUGAUUAAUGGCCUUGUACAACUCAUUCAGUGCAAUCUUAAUGCCAGCAUUGGUUUUUGGUGGUAAAUAGACAGCUAUGAAAAAUAUAGAUGAAAACUCUCUUGGUAAAUAGUGUGGUCUACAGCUUAUCAUAAGAUACUCUACCUCAGGCGAGCAAAACCUCGAGACUUCCUUAGUAUUUGAUUUUGUGCACCAGCUGUUGUUUACAAAUAUACACAGACCGCCACCCCUUGUCUUACUGGAGUCAGCCGUUCUGUCCUGCCGAUGUAGCGUAUAGCCUGCUAGCUGAAUGUUAUCAUUGUCGUCGUUCAGCCACGACUCGGUGAAACAUAAGAUAUUACAGUUUUUAAUGUCCCGUUGGUAGGAUAACCGUAAUCUUAAGUCGUCCACUUUAUUUUCAAAAGAUUGAACGUUGGCUAAUAGGAUUGAUGGAAGAGGCAGUUUACUCGCUCGCCGUCGGAUCCUUACAAGGCACCCCGAUCUGCGUCCACGAUAUCUCUGUCUCUUCCUCACGCGAAUGACGGGGAUUUGGGCCUUGUCGGGUGUCUGUAUGAUAUCCUUCGCGGCCGCCUCGUUGAAGAAAAAAUCUUCGUCCAAUACGAGGUGAGUAAUCGCUGUCCUGAUAUCCAGAAGCUCUUUUUGGUUAUAAGAGACGAUGGCAGAAACAUUAUGUACAAAAUAAAUUACAAAUAACGCGGAAAAACACACAUAAUAGUACAAUUGGUUAGAGGGCUGUAAAACGGCAGCCAUCUUCUCCGGCGCUGUUUUCUAUAUCUGAUGAAUUGUAUAUAUUGGUUGGGAAAUUAUAAAUGGCAUCAUGCCUGGGAUUAUAUAUACAUAUAUACAUAUUUUCGAAGCCAAUGCCACUCACAAGGCAGGCAAUAAUACGCUUGACCUCAUCUUUACUAGAGGCUGUUCGACUACUAAUCUCACUACAACCCCCCUCCAGGUCUCUGAUCACUACUUUGUUUCUUUUUCUGUCUCCCUCUCCUCCAACCCUAGCCACUCAGCCCCUACCCAGAUGCUAAUGCGCGUUGCAAUCUUCGAUCUCUCCCUACCACUACUCUCUCAUUUUCUAUUCUAUCAUCUCUCCCUUCUGCUAAAUCAUUCUCCCUCCUGUCUCCUGAUUCUGCCUCUUCGACACUACUCUCCUCCUAAUCCGCAUCCUAUGACUCACACUGUCCUCCUCCAGGCUUGCUCGGCCCUCCCCUCCUGCUCCGUGGCUGAGUGACUCAUUGCGAGUUUACAGAAAAAGGCUGCGGGCAGCUGAGUGGAAAUUGAGGAAAACUAAACUUCCAGAGGACCUAUCAUCCUUUCACUUCCUCCUCUCUACCUUCUCUUCCUCUGUAUCCGCUGCUAAAGCCACUUUCUAUCACUCUAAAUUUCAAGCUUCUGCCUCUAACCCUAUGAAACUAUUUUCCAGCUUCUCCUCACUCCUAUAUCCUCCACCCACUCCCCCUUCCUUUCUGCAGACAACUUUUCAACCACUUUGAAAUGAAGGUUGACGAAAUACGAUCCUCAUUCACUCAGCCUAUUGAGUCCACUGUUCCCACUCACACAGAACUACCCUACGCCUUGACCUCUUUCUCCCCUCUCUCUCCAGAUGAAAUCCUGCAACUAGUGAGGCCCGGCCGCCUGACAACAUGCCUGCUCAACCCCAUCCCCUCCUCCCUUCUUCAGACCAUCUCUGGAGACCUUCUCCCAUUCCUCACUUUCCUCAUCAACUCAUUGUUGUACCUCUCAACUCAUCUUUAUACCCCUCUUCAAAAUGGCCCGAUUCACUCCACUCCUCAAGAAACUAACCCUCAACUCAUCCCUUCUUUCUUUUCUUUCCAAAACACUUGAGCACGUUGUCUCUGACCAACUCUCUCGCUAUCUCUCUCAGAACGGUCUUCUUAACCCUAACCAGUUAUGCUUCAAGAUGGGUCACUCAACCGAGACUGCUCUUCUCUGUGUUACGGAGGCUCUCCGCACUGGCAAAGCUGACUCUCUGUUCUCAUCCUCCUAGAUCUAUCCGCUGCCUUCGACACCGGGCUGUGCGUUUCAGGCUCUGCACACUAUUGGAUUGCAUCCUACCUGGCAGGCAGCUCCUACUAGGUGACGUGGAGAGGAUCUGUGUCUCACGUACUCUCACUACUGGUGUCCCCCAGGGCUCAGUUCUAGGCCCUCUCCUCUUGUCUCUGUACACCAAGUCACUGCCUCCGUCAUAUCCUCAAAUGGUCUCUCCUAUCAUUGCUAUGCAGAUGGCACUCAACUACUUUUCUCCUUCCCCCCUUAUGAGACACAGGUGGCGACAUGCAUCUCUGCGUGCCUGGCAGAUAUCUCAGCUUGGAUAUUGGCCCACCAUCUCAAGCUCAACCUCAACCUGCCCGCUCAAAGACCUCUCAUUACUGUUGACAACUCCACAGUGUCCCCCUCCCAAAGUGCAAAAAGAACCUUGGCGUUCAGGAAGCGGUUCAGGUCCUAAUCCAGGCAAUUGUCCAGGCACUUGUCAUCUCUCGUCUGGACUACUGCAACUCGCUGUUCGCUGGGCUCCACGCUUGUGCCAUCAAACCCCUACAAUUUAUACAGAAUGCUGCAGCUCACCUGGUGUUCAACCUUCCCAAGUUCUCCCAUGUCACCCUGCUCCUCUUCACACUCCACUGGCUUCUAUUCGAAGCUCGCAUCCACUACAAGACCAUAGUACUUGUCUACGGAGCAGCAAGAGGGACUGCCCCUCCCUAACUUCAGGCUAUGCUCAAACCCUAUACCCCAACCCGAGCACUCCGUUCUGCCACCUCUGGUCUCUUGGCCCUCCCACCCCUAUGGGAGGGCAGCUCCCGCUCAGCCCAGUCCAAGCUCUUCUCUGUCCUGGCAGCCCAAUGGUGGAACCAGCUUCUCCCUGAAGCUAGGAAAGCAGAGUCCCUGCCCAUCUUUUGAAAAACAUCUGAAACCCUACCUUUUCAAAAAGUAUCUUAUAUAAUUAAUAUUAGCAACAUUUGAAAUAUAUGUUUUGAUAGAACAAAGCAUCAGCUACUACACCAUGUAAAGGAACAACCUCCUAAUUCUUAUUUUCUUUCAUAAAAUGCACCUAACUGGAUUUAUGUCAACUCCGUCAGACACCACCAAAGGCAUUACAUUUUAUAUUUAUUGUCCAACAAGUGUUUAAAGGCCUUGAUUAUUUAAUUCUAACAUUAGAUUAAUCACAUAUGUAAUACACAUUUUAAAACAUAUUUUUGUUUAGUUUCAUAGCACUAUAUAAUGCUCCAGGGCUAAUUUUGUUAGCAUUUAGGAAUGUUUUUCUAGAUUCAAAACAUAAAACAACAUUUAGAAGCCAAACAUUAUUGCUUAGAUGUAGCACAGCAAAUACCUCAAUAGUUUAAGUAUAUGUUGCAGAAUUGUGAUAAAAAUAUUUGUUUCUGAAUAUUGACGCAAAAAUGUAUCUUAAGGUGGUUAGCCAUCAGUGUCAGAGUUGACAAACCAUUGACAGAGUUGACAACAAAUACUCAAAACAGACAUAUUUUUGCCUCUAAAAAUAAAACUUCAAUAUAGAAAGUUAUAUAUUUUAAAAUCCCCAGAUCUUUCAGCAUUGUGACGUUAGACAAAAAUCUGACGGAGUUAAUGUUUUACUGAGUUUUUCUACUUCAUUCAAGUGGUCGUUUUUCCUCAGUUGUUUAUGAUUCUAAAACCUAAUUAUAAUAAACAUAUUUGAACCAAAAUGAAUAUCCUAUCAGGGAGAUGGAGUUUAAUAAUUCAUGAUUGUGACCAUGGUGAUUUCAAUAUUGGUGUUGACCCUGCUCAUUUCUGAUAAAUUUGGAUUUUAGACAAAUCUGACGGAGUUGACCAAAUCUCCAGACAAAUUAUUUAGGAAUCAGUUUUGAGAUAAAUAUUAUUUAAAGUCAGAGAGGGCUAUUGCAAGAAACAACAUAAUAUCAUUUGGAAAUUAAUAAUAUUGAAAAUAUUUAGAAAAUUCUAAUAAAUCUUUCCCCUUAUAAAAUGUAUAAUGGAACAAAAGGAUUGUCCGGACUUUCAAGAAUCCCGUCAUCUCCUAUGUCAUGAUCAUCAUGCUCUCAAACUGUGCUAUUUAUAUCCAUGUUUUCCUCUAUGACUGUGCACAGGAGGAAGACAUCACAUGUACAAACAAAAACAUUUAUUUUAUUGUUAUUAUUCCAUAUAACAUAGUUGUAACAGACCUAUAACAUUGUUAGAACAUAUAACAUCUAGCCACAAAUAAAAUGGUGGUGAUGGUUUUGAUAAAAUAACUCCCGUAGCUGAUUCUGUCUGGCUGUACAUGAAGUCCAUGCAUGCUCUUCUAGGACUGUUUUGGAGAGAGACCUGUGCUCUUAUUGCCGUAAGCCCAUGAGUUCCGACCCCAAGAUGGUGCUGGAGGAUAUGAAGAUCAACUGCCACACUACCUGCUUCAAGGUAAACACUAUUGAAAUAUUGAAAUAUUAACACUAUAAUCUAAUAUUUGAGUGUCUGUGCCUGAGUGUGCAUACAGAGGCUUGUCUUCUUAUCAGAUCUGCAAUAUUCUGGGGCGGCAGGUAGCUUAGUGGGUAAGAGCGUUGUGCCAGUAACCGAAAGGUCGCUGGUUCUAAUCGACGUGCACUUAAGCAAGGCACUCCUUGUAAGUCGCUCUGGAUAAGAGCGUCUGCUAAAUGACUAAAAUGUAUUGUGACAUAAAUAUGUUACAUUUGCACCACUAGAUCCAAUAAUUGAUUGAAUUACAUUCAACCAUCUUCUCAUUGAGAUUAUCGGACUCUGUGUCUGCCUUGAGAUGUAACAAUCAAUACACAUGCAUCAUGAUCUUCUUCUUCGUCUAAUGAGAGUAUCUGUCUCUGUGUCCCCAGUGUGAGGUGUGUAGCAGUCCCCUGGGCCAUCUCAAGGCUGGGGACAGUAUGUGGGUCUACAGACGCACCGUCCACUGUGAGCGCUGCUUCGAAGUCACCAGAGGUAAACACAUUUAGAAACACACACAGAACUAGAGCUCAUACUGAUGAUUUACUGAAUCAAUAUUUCACAAAUGAUGGGUCAGGAUUUAUUGGGUUUCAAUUGGUUUGCUUAAUUUUGGGGGCAUAAAAUCUCCAAACCUAUGUUGGGUCACUGUGAGGUAACGCAUAAUUUUUUGUUACAGAAAAAUGGCAUCGUUGAACCUCCAAAGUUCACGCGGAUGAAGAUGGGGUCUUUAUUCUAUGGCCGUUUAAACAGAUUGAAGUUUUUGAAUUACAUUUUGGUGACAUGGGUCCUCCUUAUAUAGGUACGGAAAUGUAUAGAUGUUGAAAAAUAGCAUAUUUUUCAGAUUUCAUACCUUUCUUGUGUUUUUAAAUGGAGUGGAUGUUAAUCGUCUACAUAAAAACUGCAUUGACAAUUCAUGGUUUAAUACAUUAAUAUACUAUAUGGAAUAUGUAAGCAUGUUGUUGUUUUUUUAUCUCUAUGUUCUUUUUACUUUGAGUAGCCUAUAAUCAUGAUAGCUUAAACAUCCACAGUAAAAUGCAUGUAAGCCAACAAACAUUUUUCUAACCUGUCUCAGCCAGCUGUUUGUCUCCAUAAUCAACUUAUUUCACAGGCAUUCAGGCUACCAAAAUAGGCCUACUGUAAGAUAUCCAUAUGGUGCAAUAAUUAGGGCCAGGGGAUAGUUGUGAGUACUAUACAAAACUAUUAAUAUAAUAAUGAAGUUACACAAAACAGUUUGAUGUUUUCUUUCAAGUACAGUAUUUGAAUGCAUUUUGAGGAAAUAUACCGUUCAGUACAAAGCGUCACGCAACCUAGCAAAUGUUAAAGUGAACUCAACGCCCCCCAAAGCAUGGGCCAAAUGUCCCCUCCCCUUCUGAAAUGUUAAAGAAAUGUAUUGGUCGCGUUGCACUGCUUUGAAGUUGCCAGAUCUUACAACGCCUGGACAUGUAUUUUACCUAUCAGCUAACCACAACAUACAGUAUGUUAUAGCAAUAUGUCAGUCGAUGACACAGUUGAUGUCGUGGCACGCAACCAUUGGUUGAU